CUCUCUCCCCCUGUACUGGUCCUCUCUUCCAACCCCACGCACCAUACUCACAGCCUCACACACACACACACACACAUACACACGCACACACACAUCUACACAAACAUAUAUUCACACACACAUACAUACACGGCCUGGAGAACCAGUGCGCUCACAAGCUCCUUUUUCGCAUGUGGCUGUUGGCGCAGAGAGAGCGCGGACGCUGCUGAGGUGUGUUUGAGCCAUAUCGAGGAUGAAGACGAAGGCUUGGUGAAUGGGAAACACCAACACGGACGCACCGUUACCUUUCCCCGGUCUUGACAUCCACGCUCACGCUUCUGUCGGUGAGAUUUACGCCGGAGCCGGGGUCUGCGCUCUGCGGGGCCGGGCGCGCGUCGUCUGGGAGGAGUAGGCAGGAUGGAGGCGUUUUUUACAGAGGUAAGCCACCGACUAUACGUGUCCCCUGCUAUCGAGCAACACAUUUAUGACAGAUUCAACGCUAAAGCUUGCGUUUUCACCGAUGCACGGCCUGUGCUGCAUGAUGCUUUUACGCAUUUUCCUUUUGAUCUACACCAUUCUCGGUACGGCAGGUGUUUCUCUGCUUCCAUCGACUGGAACCGGUCCCCCCCAAUCUGUUCCCACCACAAAUAGGCCUGUGCCUUAAAACGGCACGUCUGUAUUGAUUGGAAAUAAACCAAACACAUCGUCUUGGUUAUCAUCACUGCAGAGCACCGGGGCCUGGCUGCCGGCUUGGUGUUGCAUUAAUUCAGAGCAGAGCCGCAGAUAAAUUGGCCAAACGAGAGCUGACACACAUCCAUAAAGUUGGCACUCGGGAUUAAAGCCAAUCUGUUAACGGAGGGGUUGACCGUGCUGGCCUGCAGCAGCAACAACAGCAACAACCCUCCCGCGUCGUGCUGCUGUUAAAAGACCCAUUUUGUGCUUUUUUAAGUUCGCUUUCAAUGAGAUGGAGACGGGAUAUGGGUGGGUAUCGGCGUGGUACAGGGCUGCGGGGAAUGAGGAGGGGGUGAAGGAGGAGGGGGAGGGGGAUAUGGUGGCUAUCUGGACUGAGAAGGAGGAGGAGGAGGAUGAAGAUUGUGUGUGUGUGUGGAUUGAAAAGGUGAGACGAGAGGGAAAUCAAUGGUAAACAACUGGUAUGUAAUUGAAAAGGAGUUAAAUCAGGGGUUAUUAAUUGAUCCUGCUGCUCAUUCAGCAUAUCUCUGGUGCCUUAUUUUUCCAUAUUUUCAUCUCUUGUUCCCUCCUGUCACAAGUAUGUCAUCUGUGCUCUUGUCCACAGACAUGUUCAGGACACACAUAUGCACAAUCUCACGAAACACUCUUUUCCCCGGACUGUGACGCCAAUAUCCGUCCUCUCCAAGCUACUUAUGCUUCCCCCUCUUUAAGUUAAUCUGAUAUGGGUUUAAAUGCCUCUCACACUGGCAGUGAUGUCAUGCCAUUUACAAGUGUGUGUGUGUGUGGGUACCAAGGCCAUUGUUAGAUCCAAGGACUUUCAUUUUCAGCCCUAAUCUUGCAUAACUUUGUCAAUAUUACAAUCAAAAAGGUUAAUGAGGGCACGACACAAUCAUGUCAGCUAGUUUCAGAGGAUCAGCAGCAACAGAUCAGUCCCGUGCUACAUUUCACAUCAGUUUGUCUGUAUUAUAUUGAUCAUACAGCAUCGAUUCACUGACCAUAACAGCACCACCCAGCUCAGCACAGACUAUGGAAGUCUAUGUGAGACCUGAAAAUGGAGUGACUUAUUGAGUUAUGAUGCUCAAGCCUGCAGUCCUGCAUGAGCAGCGCAUCUGAUACCCAGAAACAUGACUUCAUACGCUGGGGCGUUGAGUAAUCAAUCCUCCUGAGAGGUGUCUGUUAGACAUCCACUUAGUUUUGUCAGUCCUAUGCUGUCUCCACCGAUUUAAUAUCACUGCGUUUGCCUCUUUCCCUCUAACCAAAAAGAGUGAACAGCUGACCUCUCUCUCUCUCUCAACCCAGGCAGAAAACAGGAUCGCUGGCUGUCCAGCCGAGCAUGAAAUAUCAGGUGGCAGUGGACUACUGUAAAAUCCCCUUGUUUUUAAAUCAAAUAGGUAAACUAUAAUGGAAGACACUGAAGUAUUGAACAUGAACAAGUUAAAAAGUUGUGUUUGAGUGUGAUCCCUCCAAAAAUUUUCUGGCAACACUUUACAAUACCCAUAAUUUAUAAAUGUUAAAUACAUAGUUUAUUAAUGUAAGUUCAUAGUUACUUUACCAUUAACAAGCAAUGAAACUAUGACUAAUAAUUUUCAUUAAUUAUUAAUGGACUAUUUAUUAAAGGUUUAUAUAGGGUUUAAAUAUUGGUUGUAAAACAUCUAUAUUGAAAUGUGUGUCAGUAGCACUUUGUAAAUGGUUAUUAUUUGUUUUUUAAACCAUCUAUAUGCAUUACUGAUUGCAUAUAGAUGGUUACUGUAAAGUUAGGGUUAGGGUUAGGUUUUUACAAUUGUAAAGUUUACAAUUCAUUCAUGGUCGAUAUGCUAAAUGGUCUAUUUACCAUUUAUAAGUUGUGGUUAUUGUAAAGUGUUACCAAUUUUCUUAACACUGAGUGAAUCUUGCCAUCAUGUGAGAGUACGCAGACAGCGCUAACGUCCUUAAAAUGAACCUGUCACAGUUGGCAACAAUUAAUAUAACUAUUACUAGUGGACACUGAGGUGAGAUUGCUGUCUCAGUUAGAACAAUUAAAACUGAGUCUGACUGUUUAACACCAUAAAAGGUGCACCAUUGUAAUGUAAUCACUUUAACAGGUGAUACUUUCAUACCAGAAAUUGCUAGAUGACAAAAAAAAUAACAUGUAGUGAGGUACUCUGUGUUCCUUUCACCUCUCUGUCUGUUUGUGUUUAUACCUAGGCAAAAUUGGGUGACAUCUGAACUCUGAGUGGCAUCUUGUAUUUGUGUUGAUAUUUGUGUAUCAUAGAUCUGUGCUGGAUUACAGGCGCACUCAGCUACCGUGACUCACAUGGAGGCAGACAGGUGUGAAAGCGGAAGGAGCAGCAUUGACACACAAUCUCAUACAGCUGUCACUAUUUCUGUAUCAUAGCUUGGUGUUUAUAACCUCACUUUCUGUCUUAUUUUGCACGGUUCUCUGUCUCCUGGCUGCUCUGAUGUUAACCUCGAAAGAACAGGCUGUAAAUAGUCGUUUAUUACGCUGCAGUUUGUUGACUGGGUACUAUGCUGAGAUUAUGGAGCAAUAAAAGGUUGAUUUUCUCAUGCAAAGAACUUUCUAUGCAGUGAAAUAUUAAUCAGCUUGAUGCACUCUGUAGGACCGCUAAGCCUUGGCAUAUUUACGGGAAUAAACCCUGAAGGUGUACUCGCUUUAAAUGCUUUGACUUUAACUGUGGGAGGUGUCAGUCCUUUUGGUUUUUGUGAUGGAUUUCACUCGGCCUGUGUUAAUAGGUUGUAGUCCAAAUUAUGUUCAGUUUUGUAUGUAGUGCUUACUGUAGGAAGCUGGUUCAGUGGAGGGAAGGGAACAGUCACUGGAGAUGUGUGACCUAUAUUCAGCAGCGAUUCAACGCAUUUGUUCUGCUCAGGAGCUGCAGCAGCUCUGAUUCUCUCUCUUUCUCUCUCUCUCUCUCGCUCUCUCUCUCCCGCUCACCCUGCGGCCACUUGCUUGGUGCUUCUCCAUCUCAGUUAACCGACCACUUUUAGUGUUUCUCUGCCUGUCUACCUCCUUCUUCUGGCCUUCUUCCAGCUCUUUCUUCCCUCUCCUUCUUACAUCCUCUGUCUCACUCUCCUCCUCCUUAUUCUGCGUGUGUAGGCGUUCGUCAAACCACAUUAAAGCUGUUCUCCACUGUUAAAAGAAAAACAACAUCUCCCAGAAUCCUUGGCUUUGGAAUAGGCUGGUUUGGAACUAAAUAUGGCAGAAUAUUUAUAUAUUAAGAAUUGCCACACCUAGUGUGAUAACAACACAUUUGAUGAUACACAUUUCCUUCUCAGGACAUUGCAUGGUGCUAAAAUUUAGUCAUUGAAAGUCAGAAAAAUUACAAAAAACCUGACUGUUGGCUGUCUGAUACAAAUACUAGUAUAAUCUAGAGUAGUAUUUGGGAUUUUUUCCUUAUUAAUUAACCUCCUUCAUAUUUUUUAUCUUGUUUUGUCCAAGCAACAAUCAAAAAUUAAGCUACAAAUAGAACAUACAAAAACUUAGAUUGAUUUUUUUUGUCAAACAAUAAACUUAAUGUGAAUUUAUAAGACAUUCAUAAUGAUGAGUUCUGAAAAAUUAAUGUUUUUUCCUCAUUCUUAAAGAGGCUCUUCCUAUAGUUUUAUCACUGUUGACAUUCUGUACAAAGUCAGGUAAAUUUUUAUUUGCAAAAUUACAAGUUUAUCCCAAAGAAUUCAAAGUUAUAGCCCAGACUAGUACUCAAAAAUAAGAAAAAAAAAUCUAUAUGUAACAAUAAAAUGUAAACAUAACCUUACAGGACUGCAUAUCCCACAAUCCUCUCUGUGUGGACAUCACUUCCCAGCAUCCACAGAUGCUAAAGGGAGAGAGAGGCUGUUUCCAUGGUGCCCCGUUUCCACACAGUUGCCGUGGAGUCUUGUUGCCAGGGUUGCCAGUGGGGGUGGGGGUGUGUGACUGUAGUUUAAUCCAAGAUGAGAGAGAAAGUGAUAAUUAGCAGACUGCUCAAAACUGGCCUUUCAAAGAGGAUUUGCACUGUGCAAACACACACUCUAACACACUUACAUGAGAGCAUCAACAGCUGUUUCUAUCUGCCGCCUUUAUCCUGGUUAUUAUUUGAAAGUGUGCUCUGAUCCGGUCUACUUUGGAUGACUCUGCAGUGUGUUUGUCAGGUUAAAAGGCUGUAUUUGUAAAGGUUCAUUUAAUCCCGAAAAAACAAAAAGCACAAAUAGAAACGUAGCUGAAAUCUGUUAUCCUCAAUCACUAUAAAUAUGAGCACUUUCACCCAGUACCUUCACUAUGUGUGUAUACAUGUCAUGCAGUAAUUCAUGUUACUUUAAAUCUGUGACUUUUUGCCGUCAGUUUUUUUUUAAUAUCUCCGUAAUCUCUGUGACAGAUGUGACUCAUAUAGGACAGGUGUCACAGACUCAACCCCACAACCACCCGCCCGCCUGCCCGCACGUCCGCAUAAACACAUGUUGUUGUGCUCCUUCCAGCCGCUGUAAUCUGCUGAAAGCCCUGCUGUCCUGAUUGUAUUAUCACCUUUAAUGGAAUAUUACUGACACAGUUAAAGGUCUGUGACACAAGACGAGGCAGCAUUAGAGGAAAUGGAUGAGAGCGAUGUGAGAGAAAAGCAACAUAAGCUGGGAGUCCCUUUGACACACUGACUGAUAGUCACCUGCUUUUUUUAAGUGACCUCUAUGACCUCCAUGCUCAGAGGUAUUUCUCUCCCAGUGUUAAUGCCCAGUUUUUUUUUCAAUACUGGGAAAAGGUCCACUUCCCAACUUCCUGUGUUAAAUAGGAAGGUAUGUGAAAGUGCAAAGAAACUGUAGUAUUUGAGACUGGAAAAUGACAUUAUAAAACUGUUUGCCACUGUUUGUAGUGUGGUGGAUUGGCUACUUUUGCAGCCAGUAUCAAUCUGUCUCAGCAUCAGAAAUCUAGCUUGUGAGGUUGUAUAUUUAACAUGAGAAUACUUGCCUUGAGACUCAUGAUUUAGGACAGUACACUCUUUUGUUCAGGAGAAGUGUCUACUGUCAAUUUAAAGAACCCAACACAAUGGUAAGUGCUGGCUUCUUUGAAUAUGCGUCGUCGUCGUUUUCUUUCGCUUUUUCCGGGUCCGGGUCGAGGGGGCAGCAGCUUCAGGAGGGAAGCCCAGACGGUCCUCACCCCAGCCACUUUCACCAGCUCCUCCGGGGGAUUCCCAGGCGCUCCCAGGCCAGGCCAGGCCGGCCACGAGGUCUCUUCCCGGUCGGACAUGUCAGGAACACCUCCAACGGGAGGCGUCCAGAAGGCAUCCUGACCAGAUGCCCGAGCCACCUCAGCUGACUCCUCUCGACGUGGAGGAGCAGCGGUUCUACUCUGAGUGCCUACCAGGUCUGAGCUCCUUACCCUAUCUCUAAGGCUGAGUCCGGCCACCCUAUGAAGGUAACCCAUUUCGGCCGCCUGUAUCCGCGAUCUUGUUCUUUCGGUCAUUACCCAAAGUUCAUGUCCAUAGGUAAGGAACGGCACGUAGAUCGACCGGUAAAUCAAGAGUCUCGCCUUACGGCUCAGCUCUUUCUUCACCAUGACUGAUUGGUUAAGCGUUCGCAUAAUUGCUGACGCCGCUCCGAUCCGCCUGUUGAUCUCCCCUUCCAUCCUACCCUAACUCGUGAACAAGAUCCAGAGAUACUUGAACUCCUCCACUUGAGGCAGGACCACCCCUCCAACUCGGAGAAAGCAAUCUUACUUUUUCCAACUGAGGACCAUGGCCUCGGACUUGGAGGUGCUGAUUCGCAUCUUAGCCGCUUCACACUGGGCCACGAACCACUCCAGCAAGAGCUGAAGGUCACUGCUCGAUGAAGCUAGAAGUACCACAUCAUCUGCAAAAAGCAGCAAUGUGAUCCUCUGCCUGCCGAACUGGACACCCUCCACCCCUCGGCUGCGCCUAGAAAUUCUGUCCAUAAAGGUUAUGAACAGAACCGGUGACAAAGGGCAGCCCUGACGGAGUCCAACUCUCACUAGAAACGAGUCCAACUUACAGCCGGCUACACUGACCAAGCUCUUUGAAAAUGCGAUAAAUUGAAAAGAAAAAAAUCACAAAACUGCAUCACUACUUAUUUAAAUUGUCUUUGACUGAACUGAAUGACUUCAGUCAUGAUCAUUCAGUGGAUUUAUCUCAUGAACACAGUGAUCACGGUUGCACUUAAAGACGCCAAACAGCAUUAAUCACAGCUCUUCACUCAGGACUGACAGGAACCAUAUUAUCCAGAGGACCCUCCCCUCCCUCGCACGAUUAACUCUGAUAAGCAGCACUCGCAACCACACCCACCUCCUCUUUCAGACAUCCAUCACUGCAGGGCAGCCUAACAUAGCCUGGGGACUGAUUUUGACUUUCAUUUAAAAAUGUAAAAGUUGGUUAUUUACCGUUUAGAGUCUUGAUUAUCAGACAGAGAGAAGAAAGAGUGUUGGGCUCAUUGGUUACUGUCAUCGUAGAUUAUUUCAUUUCUGGAUGUGAUAAGUAAAUUUUACAUCAUUAGAUUGGCUGUAUUAUGUGCUGUUAAGUCUUGGUGGUGGAUGUAACUGUAGUUAAUAAGCUUGUUAAAGUAACUACACAGUCAAAGCCAUUACUCAAUGCCCCUCCUGACCUUUACCCUCCAGAGUGAUCCCGCUGGUUCCUCCUUCCUUCAUGCUGAUCUUUAGUUUUCCUCCAUUAGCAGCAGACUGGUCAGCUGUUUUCCUCAUCAUUUAUUCAUUUGCGUCUUGCUGCUGUCAUCCUGUGUCUUCUUCAGUCUUCUCUACCUUUAACCUUUGGCCCAGUUUUCAAGUUUUACAGUGUUUCGUAUUAUCAUUACCACCAUUAUCCUUUUUCUUUUUUUCACGCGGUUUCUGUCUUGUCUUUCUGCACUGAUCUUACAUCAGCCAGGUUGUCAGAUAGUCUUCAUCUGCUGUGAGUCACUCCUCUUCUCUUUGUCUGUUUCUGUCAUUCGUAUCUGUUCUCUGUGAUUAUUUUCACUUCCUUUGUCUCUUUGUUUUUUUUUUUUACUUGCAUUUCUGGCUCUCUUUAUAGCCAACAUUUUGCUGCUGAGAUUUCACUAACCGUAAUAUCUAAACUAUCAGAUGGAUUCAUAUUAAUUUUGCUUUGGCUCCUUUUCCCUCAGAGUAAUAUUUCAUUGUAAUUUUAAAUGUAACAUCUCAAAAACUUUGUUGAAUUCAUUUUGGAAACAGAUAUUGGCAGAGGUUCCCUUUAAGAUGAAUCAUUUGUUAAAAUUUUAGGGACUAACUUCUUGAGGCUCUGUCGCCAUUAUUGUGACCAAAGUCUGAUUUCCCAAAAAGAGGACACGACUACGCAGGGGCAGUGUCACGGAGUCGCAUUAAGUUAAUUUUGAGUGUUUUCGGGUCGGAUCUUUUACGUGCUUCUAACUCAGCAAGUUUCCACCCUCUCAGUCUGUAUGCUCAAGUCGAUGUCAAGUUAGAGGACAUGAAAACAAGGACUUGACUGGGAUUUACUACAACACUGGGUUGAGCGUUUCAAGUGACUGUUGAAUGUGCGGUUUGAAACUGAAAAUGUGUUUGGAGUUCAUUGGGGCAUGAGUGUCUCUGAGAGAGAAGGGGUGAGGAAGGUGUGUGUGUGCAUGCGUGUGUGUGUGUGGGGGGGUGUCUGUCAUCAGAGACCGUCUUUGAGGCGAUGCCUCAGUCAAAUGGCACAGCCGUCCAUGUGUUCACCCGAGCAGAAACAAGGCCUUUAUCAGACACACACUCACAGCUGUUCGGGCGUCUGGGCCGUAUGCUCUGGGGAUGCUGUCUUUGUAUGCUGAGCGAUGACAGAUUAUUAGACGGUCAGGAUUUUCUUAAUCUCCAGUUUGUUGUCUUUGUGAAAUCAACAGUGCAAAAUCUCACUCUGAUGUAGUUCAUUUACAUCAUCGCAUAAACCCAUCCACAUGCCCCCUACCUGGAAAUCAAACCACAAAGAUCUAAGUAUGCUUCCCCACACUGAAGGUGUCCUUGUCUUUAUUGGUUUCUUAAAGUCAUGCCUUUGUCUGAAGGUGAUACAGAUUGAGAGUCUGCCCUUGUUGGGAUUAUCAAGGAUGUCCUUUCUAAUAAGCAAGAAUUGAAAGUAAGCAGGCGAAGGAGUCUGGCUUAUAAUGAUUAUUACAUAGAUUUUUUUUUUAAGAUAAUCAUACAUUAAGAGUCCCCAGAGCCUUUGGCUCUCCUCUAAAAUACCAGUUAGGUUGCAGGACUCUUGAAUCUCCCAUUUCCUGUCUCAUAUUCAUCCAGAAACAUUAAUGCAUGCAACCAGGUUCCUGCAUGAAAGGCCUCCAUUGUGUUCAGCAACAUGCAGUUUCCAUACAGAUGUGUAGCUCUUUCAAGUACCAUCUGUUUCUUUCCAUGUUGCUUACUACCCAUAUGGCAGUUUAGCAGAGCUUACAGUAGCAUUUAUAGUGGUGAGGCAAGACCCAGAACCAGUUAGCUGAAACUAGCACCACCACUAGUUUCUUGAUUUAAAGGACGUAGUCUUAUUCUGUGUUCUAGUUACCUCAGAAGUUGGAUAUCGGAGCUGGGAAUGAUGUCACACCUGCCUUACUAGCGUUUCAGUUACCAAGUCGGAAAAACCAAGAUGGACACCUACAUUAGCCGUUGUUAGCUGUUUACAAUUUUCAGCGGUUGUUAGUUGUUGUUAGCUAUACCAGUUGUAAACAACGCAUAACACAGUAUUUUACUCUUACAAACACCAUAGCACUGUGUUCACAGUUAAGGUCCUUACACAUCAGGGCUGACCAUACACAUCAAACCCGAUGCGAUUUUUGCAAUUUUGCAUUCCAGCGAAGACUUCCCGGGGAAAGUCCCGCCUCCUUCACCUCUGAUUGGCUAGAAAAGCUGGAAACGUCAUUACACGCUCAAGCCAAACGGUCAGCACUUUUAGCCAAUCAGAGGUGAUAAGAUAAGCACAUGAAACUAUGGUAACAACUGUUAGCAUACGUUAGCACAGAUGAAAGUUAAAACAAAGACGUUUAGCAAACUGUUAAAGCACACAAACCAUCCAACGAGAUCCGACGCUAUGACUCUCCACAAGUUGUCCUUCAGGUCAGUAUCUUUGUAAUAUUUGUGUCUUUAAUCAAAAAGCACUCUGUUCUCUGACAUGUAAACAAUCAGCCGGUCGCCCAUGUUGGAUAUAGCGCUGAAUCUGACGUCACAACAACACGCAAUCUGAUUGGUCAGAAGUGGACACACAGUAUGCAAAACUGCCAUCUUGAAUUAUGACGUCGUCAACUCAGGGUUGGUGAGGAUCGUCAGAUUUUACAAGUCGGAAAUCCGACUUCAGGAGUGCGUUCCAGAUGAAUUUCCGACUUGAAGCUCGGAAAUUCCGAAUUCCAAGUACAGCUGGAACGCAGCAUUGCCAAUCAAAGUGGGACAUUGCAAGCUGCCUUUACUUCAUAGUUUUCCGCUGUCUUCUCUAAAUGCAUGAUUGUACUAAAGGAAAAAAGCAAUAAGGCUGGUCUGAGUCACUCUGUAUUCAGCUUGCUUUGGGGCUGCUUGCGUCUUUCCAUCGCCAUCUUCUGGGUGAAAUUGUCUGGUAUACUCGUGGCACUGAUGUUGGAUUCCACUCACUUUUUAGAUGAGAAACAAAAGGUAUCAGACCUGCAUCUUGAUGUCUGAAAUUUGUAACAUAAGUCUCAAGGAGAGAGCCACUGUCACUCAGUGUAAAGCUGACUUCCAAGUUGUGUCUUGUGGAACUUGCAUCAGGUAACAUUCUUGUUCAGGUUGUUUUCCUGCUCUUUCAACUCCUCUUGCUCAGAGUGCAUGGUGUGAGAUUCGAGGUCAGGGGUCAUGUUUGAGGCUAAAGUGGCGAUUGAGGUCGGUUCAGGUUUAACUGAGCUUGACGAAAUGGUGAUGGACGGAGCUGCAGGCUGAGGUUUGAAUUUCACGGAUCAUGAUAGUUAGAGAUGGAUAGAAAACCUGUGAUUUUAACAAACAUGUAGCUUUCAAUGGUGGAGUUUGUUAUGCACGGCCAUUCCCUGUCUGUCUGGGACGGUAAUAGAGUGGGGGGAGGGGAGGAGAACACAAAGAGGAGGAGAACGAGGGUGUUGGUGGAUGUAGGUUGUAAUGCAGGCAGGUCAUUUAAAACUCUCUGUCUCCCCUUCACUGCAUUUGCCCCAGAGAUUGCUCAUGGCUCAGGUGGAGUACAUCGAUCUGGAACUGGAGGCCAAUUUUCUUAAAGAGGAGAUGGAUAGAGAGCAGGACAGAAAGCAAAAAUAGCAUCACAUUUUAGCUUAUGAAGAGAAUAAGAAGAAACUGUGUUGAUGUUCCUCAGGGCUAAAGCUGUAGGUCCAGUGCUUGAGGUUUAACUGAGGUCAGAGGUCAUUUUACGUUAAAACAAGGAUGUAGUGAAGCACUGUUGAGCUGUGAGAUAAGCCUCAGGCCGUGCUGUGGUCAUCAGGUCAAAUCACAUUGUAACAACCAUUAAUACAAUAGCUCUGUGUGCAGGAAUCUGACAGGCAGAUGAGACCGGCUGUCUGUCUGCAGAGAAAGAGGGAAUCUAGAGGGGGCUAAAUAUAGAGAGUUGCUGAGGAGAGGGCAACACAGUGAGAGAGAGCGAGUGGGGGAGGCUUUUGAAUAUUUCAGUUCUCAGUGAUUCUAGAUGUAUGAGGCUUGAUCAUGCAAAGGUUGAAGCGGUUCAGCACGAAAAUGAAGCAGCGGGUUUAUUUAAUGAAGUCUUGGUGGGCUUCAGGACAUGAUGAAUCAGAAUAUUAUAACACAACACUAUCUGCGAUAUGUUUGUGUAUCAACAUGCAAAUUACAACACUAAGUCCACCUGAGUGAUAGGGCUGAAAGUGCUACCUGGAGAGUGAAGAUUACAGUUUGAUUAGCCAUCGAGGAGUGAGAGUUGAUGCUUUAAAGGAUUUAUCCAAGGACUGUUUGUCUGCUUCACUUUCGUGCAAAUACCUAUUCAAGGCUGUUAAAUUAUGUUAAUUGCCAAAAGUUAGUUGCCAGUGGAUUUCAGGGUGACAUUACAGCUAAUGUGCUCUGCUUCUAUUGCUCUCAUCAUAGACUAUUUAACACGAGACUGUCUUUUUUUUCAUUGACAAACUUUUGAGGCAAAAUUUGUGAACCUGAACACAUCAAACCGAGACGGUCCAGUUUUCGCUCAUCAUAGCUUCGCUGUAAUUUCGGUGGGUAAUGACCGGACCAGCUAAUAGUACACUACAUAAAUUCAGGGCUCUGAAAUAGACACUGGAUGCAGCGGCGUCGGGCACAUUCAGUAACCUAUCAGAAUUAUUUAAAUGGUCAAGGUUUUGUUGAUCACAAUGAAGAAAGGAUGAAUAAAGUUUCUUCAAGUUCAACCGAAGGUGAACUAUGAAUGUCUGUAUCAAAUUUCAUAACAAUCAGUUCAGCUGUUGUGAUAUUUCAGUUAUGUGUCAUGUGGCAGAGUUGAAUAACCAAAAAAGGACCCAAAUGCAGAACAAAAAAUGAUUUAUAAAAAAGAACAAAAUAAAAAGCAACAAAAAACUUCCUUCCAAGAGCAGAAGAAGUAAAAUCCAAACAAAAUAUUGACAUACAAUAUAACCCACAAGGACAGAGAGGAAGACAGGGACUAUAUACACACUGGUUAACGAGCAACAGGUGCGGCUAACGAGACACAGGUGAAACUCAUGGGUGAUUAACCAAGGAGGGAAAACUGGGGAGGUAAAACCAGACUAGAAACACAAGGAAUAAACUACUACAAAAUAAAAUAGGAAACACUGAGAACUGAUCUAAAGAAUAAAACACAAAGAAACAGGGUCAGACACAAACUGAAAACUCACAAUACAGAAUCACAAGAACAACAGGGAACAGAAACACAAGGAAAAACACAAAGAAACUAAAAUCUAAUUAACAACAUGAGGAGAAAAUUAAAUAAACAGAACAUAUCAUGACAUGAUGAACACUGAUGGAGUUAUAGUAAAAGAGAAAAAAGUGAAAUAAUAUGUUCAACAGAAGAUGAUUUAACAUCUUAUAGCUACUACAAAUAAAACCAUUUCUAUUCCACUCAGGCUGCAUCAGUUAAAAUUGUGACAUUUUUGUGUUUUAAAGUGAAACUACAUGUCUUUAAUUAGUAACUAUAAAACAUUUCUGUAUCAAACCUUAUUUGUUCACUUCUCAGUCUAACAACUAUAACUUUUGCAGCUGCAGCCCCUCUUGGUCCAGUAUGACCCUCUUAUUUUUUACAAAAGAAAACACAAGAUAUUCAUUAAAACGCAACUUAAAUCAUAUUUGUUUUUCAGUAAAAGCUUCAGAUUUUCUAACAAUAUUCAUAUUUUUAUCCCAAUUCCUAAAUUGUGACCAUUUUUGGAGUUAUAUUUGUUGUUAUUCUGACUAUCAUAGGUGAGGCUGAGGUGUACGGUCCUCAGAUGAGUUGAAAAAACACAACAAUGUGUGAGUCUGUGUUUCAUUCUCAGGUGCUGAUAAAAGGGUUGAUGUUUUCUAAAAGCUAGGAGCGCUAAAGUCUUUAUCUUGAAGCGUUCAGACAUUUUUUGCCCUCAGGCUUACCUUGAGCUCUCCAGCAGUGUGUGUAUAUAUAGUAUACUGUGUGUGUGUGGAUGAGUUCUGCCGGUUAAUUCCAUAUCCUGGGGCUCACUGGUUUUCUAUUAUAAUUAUUAGUGUGUGUGUGUCAGAUUGUUACAGAGAGAAGGAAAGGGUUAAAAAAAAUCUGGGAAGGGGAUGAAGAUGCCGGAGAAAAAGGUUGUCGGGCAUUGCUUAAGGGUGAGGAGCCAUGUGUUGCUAAAACAAUUUAACAGCUCAGUUCAUCUGGAUGAAAACAUCUGGUGUCACAGAAAGUGUAUGAAGGGCUUAAACACCUUCUGAGGCUUUAGACUUUAAUAAUGUCUGAGUGUCAUUUUGGUCAUAGUUUUGGUUUGCGUCUUGGCCCUUUUUGGUUUUACUUCUUGGUCGCCUUCUUGGUUGUAUUUUGGUCACCUUCUUGGUCAUCCAUCUCAGUCUUGGUUGCCUUCUUGGUCAUCUUCUGCUCUGAAGUCUCUUUGGUUGUUUUCUUUUCUGCCAUCCUCCAGUUCAUCAUCCCCUUUUUGGUUAUCCUCUUGAUCAUUUCUUUAUUGUCUUUCUUUUGGUCUUUUCUUUUGCAUCUUCAUGGUUUUCUUGAUUUGGUGAUCCCCCUUUCUGGUGGGUUAUCUUCUUAGAAACUAUUGUCAGAGUUAUUGUUUUCUUGGUUGUCUUCCUCUUCUCAGAGUCACUGUCUCUGAUUUUUAAUCCUAUCCUCUUCUUCUUUUUCAUCUGUAGCUUAUCUUCGUUUCAUAUUCCUCUUUUGGUUCUAUUUUUAAUCUUAUAUUUUUGGUUUUCCUCCCAUCAUCAUCUUUUUCUUCUUUCUUGUUUCCUGUGCCCUUUGCUCUCCCUCUUCUGCGAUGCUGUGCCCCCUUUUUUAAGGCCUCGAGGUCAGAGGUCACUGGCUGUGUGAAAGAGGACUUUGUCUGUGCAUGAAGGUCUAGGAAGAGUGCACUUCCUCUGAACCUAAAUCAACACACACGGACACAUACACACACAGAUGUCAAGCCUUGUUGCUUCUCACAGAUGUUCAAGUCUUCAUGUAUCACAUCUGUGACAUCCUCCUGUAGCAUCCACACUCCCUCAUCAUGGCUACAGAGAGUGUUUUGUGCUGUUUGUUCAACUAUGAGUUUGUUUUGUUGCCUCAGGAACUUAAGGAUAAUUCGUUCCCUGGUGUCACCAUGCUGAAUGAUUAUAAUAAAUUUGUGUCAAUAUGAGAUGUUUUUAUCUAAGUAAGGUGUAAUCGCUAUCUUUCAUCACUUUUCCUAAAACCUCUUCCUUGUUGUGUCUCUCUGAUGCAGGGGGCCCGUGUUUGGGUGAGGGAGAAGGAGCAGCUGGUUCCCGCCACAGUCAACUCCUGCGGGGAUGGAACUCUUGUCGUCACAACCGACUAUGGCGAGGUAAGAGAAGUGCAGACACACACAAAAAGGCGAAGUCUUUAUGAGUCAUUGUUGUUACAACACAGACACGAAGAGUUCAAGCUGAAUCCACAAUGCUGCUGGUUGUGAAAUACUGUUAUCGCCUGGUUGUGUUGAAUACAUGAUCCUGAUUGGUCAAAACCAACCCAACCCAACUCAAAACUGACACCUGAUGACACAAGUCACAUCAAAUCAAGCGGAAAUUUAAAUUCUGCCUGUUGACACUGUGGCAAAAAUGUUAGUUUCACUUAAGCCCUGUUUAUACGUACCUGGUUACCUUCAAAAACAAAGACAUUAACCAUCGUUUGCACCCUUCAUUUCGACGCAAACAGAUAAUUCGGCCCUAGAGAUUUUGGACAACUCCAAAUUGUGCAUAGGAAAGAAGGAAGGGACAUUGUUGUUGCUUUUAUGCGGGACUCUGAUUCAUUGUUGUUUUCGUUGACGAUGACAUAUUUCGUCAACGUCAUCGUCAACGAAAACAACACUGCAGAAUAUAUGUUUAGUGUUUGACUGACGAAAUGCUCAUGAAUUUUGCAAUUCUGUUCGUCGUCCACCACCAACGUUUUCGUCUAGUCUCAUCAACGUAAGCGCACAUUCGUCUCGUCACAUUUUAGUUAUGUAAGACUUAUGUUUAGCUCGUCAACGUCACGUCUUUGUUGUGGAAAAAAAGGGGCAUUGACGAAAUAUUUUCGUCAACAAAAACAACACUGCUCUGAUUGCCUAGCGUGGGCUUGAGCUUCUCGCUAUGCUGCAACCCAAAUGUUUGAUACGCUGUUGACGGCAUAUAUACACGGGUUAGUUUAAACGAAAACUUUUCUGAAAACGUAGUGGUCUGCACGCAGUUUUUUCUGUAAAUGGACAGGGUUAAAUGUCCGUUCAUGAAAAUAGCUGGGCAAGUGCAAACGUAGUCUUAGUGUUAUUUGAUUGGCAUUCAAAGUUUUGCUCACACUGUCAAGGAUCUGAUCCACAUAGUCAUCUGCUCACCAUACAUUAUCCCUCUAAUGCAUGUUGAAUUAAUGAAUAGUUUAAAUACCGUACACAGUACAACUUAAACCCUGAUUAAUUAGUCAGAAACAGAGAGGGGGAGCGAACAGUGCCAGUGUUGGAUUAGAUGCAUCGUGAGAGCUGCAGUAUGUGCUUGUACUGUGUCAUCUGGUCUGUGAAUUAGCGCUCAGAUAAAGGUCAGAGUAAAGGUGAGGCAGCUGUGCAGGUUCAUCCUCUACUGCGAGAAUCAAUAAACUGACUCCUGGUCAUGAUGCUCUACUUUCCUGUCCCAGUUGCUUCCUCCUCCUCCUCCUCCUCCUCCUCCUCCUCGUUCUCCUCAUACAUAUGCAAAAUUCAUCACUGGCACACAUUCAGCCUCCAGAGGAGAGCCAGAAUAGACAGAGAGCAUUAUGGGAACACAAACGCUCGUUCCAGGAUGUCAGAUGUCGGGACAGCGUUUCCUAAAGCUGUGUAUAGCCAGGCAGGCGGCUGCCCCAGCCCCAAACGUUUAACACCACACCCCCGCCAAAAUAAUGGAAUUGAAUAUUUAAAUCCCAUUAUGAGUGUGUGUGUGUGUGUGUGUGUGUGUGUGGGAGUGGGUGUGUGGGUGUUCAUAUAAUCUGUAUCAGUGAGCCGGGCACACGUUGCUUUUUGGAUUUAUUUGAUGGCUGAUGUGUUUGGCAUGCACCGUAAACACACAUGCGCUCCAGUUGGCAGCGUUAGCACAGAGCUAAUAAUAGACCAGGUCUUUCAGCCCAAAUUCAAGGGUCUCAAUCCUCUCUUUUUUCCCCUCAGAGAACAUCCACAUGUACUCUCCUUUCCUUAGAUGUACCAUGAAUCCACGUCUGUGGCCUUUCAGAAAUCAAAGGGCCAAACGCUGCUCUAAAAGCUUCGCCUUUUCAUGUCUCCGCUUCGCUAAUCCUGUUCCUGCAGAAACACACGGGCAUUUCCUAAACUGGAGGGUUAGCGAUAGGAGCGGGCAUUCUCUUUGCUCUGGAUUAUGAUCGUCCUCAACCUCCCCAACCCCCAUCCAGCUCUCCCUCUGCCUUCCCUCCCCUGUCAGUGGUCGGUGUAUAAAUGUUAGCUCUGCAGGAGGUGGUGAAUAUUUGAUAGAGAAUCAGCGGGAUGAGGGGUCUGAACUGUUGGGACAGGAUCUGACCCAUGCAAACAGUCCCAGGCCGUCCAUCACUCCCUGCUGCUCGGCCGCUGAGUCUCUUGAUCUCGGUCAUAAAUGAUUCCUGUGUCCCAAGAGCUUUUUAAUAGUUUUGAAAUUAAAACAGCUGAAACAGAGGAUGCUAUUUGCACACUGGAGUGGCCAUUGGAACAAGAAACAUGCUAUAUGUAGCUGCUUUUCCUUCUGUUUUACCCAUACUUUACAUUUUCAUAUUCACUCCCUGGCUGCCCUGUCACUCUGGUUCUGUACUCUAAAGUCCCUGACCCAGAUCACUUCAGCACUGAUUCAGGGUCAUGAAUGCUGCGGCUGCAAAACUACAAACCUUUACAUCACAUCAGCAUAACCCACAACUACAUGCAUCAUUCAUCAUCAUUUGUACUCUACUUUUUUUGCCUCUGACGUCAUUAAAGCAUGGUGCACACCCCUAUAACGUCCAAACCUCAAACUCAGGUCUAUGGUGGAUGAUUGGAGGGGCAGGCGUUGGUGCAUAUUUACUGUCUUCUUUUCUGUUAGCCAUUUGUGACAAUACACCGACUCUAAUGCUGUGUCCGGACGUCAGAAGUCUGAGCUGGGAAUGACAUCACACCUGAGUUACCAGCGUUUCAGCUACCAAGUCUGAAGAAAGCAAAAUUGGAGGUGGAAACAAGAUGGCUACAUCUAAGAGUUAUUUCAGCGCUUGCCUUGUCCAAAUAUAAGCAAGGACAAGGCAAGCGCUAAAAUAACUUUUGUAGAUCUAGCCAUCUUGUUUUCGCCUCCGAUUUUGCUUUUUUCUGACUUGGCGCUGGUAAUUCGGGUGCGACAUCAUUCUCAGCUCAGACAUCUGACUUUCCAGGUAACAUGGACGCAACUUAACCACCCCACUGCAAGGUACAACUCAAAAACAGCAUAACAGUAUUUGUUGGACAACCAAGUCCAAUCGACAAAGGCUCAAGUCCAGUCAACAUUACAGGUCUUAAGUCAAGUCUUAAGGUAGUAGGUCCAGAGGCAUCAUUUACCCUUUAACAUUUUGACUACUGGCAGGUGAAAUGACCAGAUAGCAAGUGAGUAUCAUGUCUUCAAAGUUGAUGUAUUGGAAGCAGGACAAAUGGACACGUGUAGAUGUGAGCGACAUGGACAAGAAUCCCAUCUUGAUGGCUAGAUGACUGGGCAGAGCAUAUCCAAAAAUGUUGUAAACACAGUGCAAAUGAUAGGUAUACAUAAUUGUAGACUGGUCAAAGAACCCAUGAAGACUCCCCUAUCCAAAGUGCUUAAAUAAACACAUGAGCAUCAAAACUAGACCCCAGAGCAAUGGAGAACAGUGUUGACUUGGCCCACAGGUUCUCAAGAUCUCAGACCAAUCCAAUUCCUGUGGGAUUUGUUGGACAACCAAGUCCAUUCGACAAAGGCCCCACCUGACAAUUUACAGGAUUCUGUCAACAUUUUGGUGACGGAUGCCACUGCACACCUUCAGAGGUCUAGCAGAAUCCAUUUCUUGUCAGGUCAAGCUUGUUUGGCCUUGUUUGUCUUUAAUGGGGGCCUACAUAACAUUGAAUACAAGGUCAUAGUGUGAUGGUAUAUUGUUGUAAGUUGAAAUAAGAAUAGAAAGUCCAGAUAUUUAAAGCUCGAAGCUAGUCAAAGCCAGGAGGUAGAGCCUCUCGUGUAAACAUUUGGGACUACUGGAGUAAAUCAAAACUCUCUCAUUUUUCAUCCCUCAGUCGGGGGAUCAGUGGCAGCGAGCAGCCCAGACAUCCUCUGAUUGCAGCUAGAGAUUAACCCGAAAUCAGCUUAUAUCAGUCCAUAUAUUGGCUGAUUUGAUGGUCAGGCAGUACAAGAAGGUUAAGUAAUCCUUCCUCCAGUUUUGAUCUGGGAUGUCCGUACGAAAGGAAAUCUAGGGUAUCCUUAACAGAUGCCUGAUUUGACUUAACUACAACCGGACAGGAAAAAAAAUGCACUUCUUCCCAAAUAAAAAACACCAACGAGCUGGAAAAUCUCUCCGUUCACUUGAAUUCAACUUAAGUCUAAAUUUAACUUCAAAAAUGACUGCUUGGAGAUAAAACAAAGGCCUGGCAGGAAUCUGCAAAACCUCAUUCAUAAAUAUUUCAUCAAUGAUCAAAUGUCUUACCUUUUUAAAUCUGCACAGAUUACAGCAGAGAGAGAGAACAGUUGGAUCAGAUCAGAUAAUACAUAGCUUUGAUGAAGCUGUGAUGAAACUGGGUCAGCAAAGAAUUGAAUAUGGAUAAAUUUAGAGCAAAUACAGUAUAUGGGAGUAAAUAACAUAAUGUAUGAGUAUGGUGAUUAAGAAAACUAGAGGUAAAACAUAGAUUCAUUACUGAGGAUUGUCCUCAUAAGUCAAUAUCAGUUGACAUUUCAGAUUUACAUCCUCACAUUUAGAUAUGGCCUAGGCCUGGCAGAGAUCCAUUCCAGUUGGGUUACCAUGGAUACAACGGCAGGCUCCGCCUACCAUGUAUAUGAUAUCCCAGUGUACAUCAUCCAGUGAACCUACAGCCAGACAGGACUGUAAUAUACAUGGAAAAACAGAGGCUGUAGACAGACAGAGGGCUAAACAAGGGUGAAGUACUCAGACACACCUGUGUCUCUACUGGACACACUAACACACACACACACUCCAAGGUUACGUUAGCGAUGAGUAGUGUGUUAUGUGACCUGGAUUUCAGAAGCUAGCGUGAAAGCUGCAGCGAGAGCUCACGCGAGCACAGAACAUGCUGCAGGGAUGUCGUUCUCAUUGUGCGCACAGUAAAUGACACACACACACACACACACACACACACACAAACAGACACACACACACACACACUCUGUCUAAUGUGCCUAAUAAAAAGUGCAGAAAUGACUUGUUCAGUCUGAGAUGGCAUAGAAGCAGGCUGAUGUUUCUGUGCGAUCUUCUGACCCACAUUCAUCAUUCCCCUUCACCGUCUUCAUCUUUGUUCCCUCUGAGGACCCGUAGUUACUCACUUGUUCUGUAUCACAUAAUGAGAUUAACGCAGCUUUGUCAAACUGGCGCACAAAAAUACUGAUAUGCAAACACACACAAACAUCCUCCCAUGUCUUUUGCUCUCUGGCGCUCUUUUUCUCACAGUUCCUGUUUCUCUCCGCAGUGUCCCAUAUCUGUGCAAAUGAGGCAGAGAUCCCCUUCAGGCUGGGAUGAGUGUGAGCUGCCAAAUCCUAAAAGAUGAUGACAUAUGAAAGGUGUUAUUCGCCUCAGUGCUGUGGGCCAGAGAGGCAGAAACAGAGUCAGAGCUUGUUGUUAACUUCUUUUGGUGGUAUAGGCAGUUGUUUGCACUUUUGGAGGUGUGCGACGCUAUGAGAUUUGAUUUCUUUGUUUGUGAUGAAAGUGGCCAUGACACUCCUAUGUUGUCAACUUAUAAUACUCUCUAAAUGAUAACUAAUCAAAAUAUGGACUCUUGCACAUACACUAGAAUGACAAGGACUGACUACUUUACAGGGAUAUUCCGGCGUAAAAUUAAUUUAGGGUCAAACAUAUCGUAACACAGAGUUAGACACCCCCUCGAUAGAUGAAUGUUGCCGACCGCUUGCUUCUCUAGUUUUACCAACUUUAGUAAAGACCACACGAUAGCAAUACACAGCGGCCUAAGGAGCCAUAAACAAACCUCAACCAAAACGCCACUCUAUAGCCACAGAUAAUUCUCAGAACAGCACCUAACUUCAUCAACAGGACAUAUAGGGUCCCAGCCGCAGCACUAGCCACCAAACAUCUUUUUAACUUUAGCAAAGAGACUAAACACAACUCACCUACUCUCUUCUAGCAGCGGCUUUUUUUGUAACGAAACCUCAGGCCAGUCCAUUACGGACUGCUGCGGGGUGACACAGCUCAAGGAAGAACAUUUGUGAUCAUUACUUUGUCAUUUCCUUUAAGUAAUAAUCACCAUAUUAAUCAUUUUGCACUGAGGACGUGGUAGUUCUUCUUCCGUAGCGUCUCGGCCUGAUUGCACAUCCAUGAAGAAAUCUGUGUGUUUGACCCUAAAUUAAUUUUACGCCGGAAUAUUCCUUUAACAGAAGUAUGUUAAAGAAAAAAAAAAAGUGAUGUGUAUUUUAAAUUCCUAGCUUGACCCAUGUUCUCUCUAUUACAAUGGUGGAUGCAGGCUUUACUGCAGUUAGUCACCAGGGGGAGCUCUAGAGACUUCAGCUUCACCUCUGGGGAGCUGUGUGGCUGUCCAUAUUUUUUAUACAAUCUGUGUGUUGGAAGAGUUAACAGCUCUAAUAUUCAGGAAACCAACAUAUCAGGCAGUAUGUCCUGGUCUAACAGCACAAAGGCUGUAGUCAAAGAGGCACGGCAAACUUUCGUCAAAAACUGCUGGUGACCUUUUAUUUCAUCGCUCCACAAAGGAGUCCUGACAAGCUGCUGAACACAGUGCUCGGGCUGCUCGCUGCUCAAGUGCUGAUAAAAAAGCUUUACAGACAACACUGCAUGAAAAGUCCUUGCUGACCUUUUCUCUUUAAAACUGAACAAAAACAAACACGGAUGGCAAACAUGGAUCUGUACUGCAGAUCAAUAACCCAGCUCCUAAAGCCCAGCAUGCAACAAAGCUCUCUGUAAAACUUUUGUUUUAGGAUAAUUUAGAUUUCCCUGAACAUCUGUCCGAAGCUGCUCUUUUGACUUUUACUAUAGAGCUCUCUAUGGUCAGAUUAUGCAAAGUUUCUCUCAAUCCUAAUCUGACCCGCAAAAUCUACCAAACUUGAUCCAAAGUCGGGGCAGGUGCAUACUGUACUCUGUGGUACUGUAACUCCAAUAAAAGCACUCUGCAGAAUAUAUAGGUCACUGGGCCCACAGCUCUCUCUCUCUCUCUCUUUCUCUCUCUGCUCCAUCUUUAUCCCUCUCUCCCACUCUCCUCACUCCGGCUGCUGCUAAUAAGUGGAGUCAGAUGAAGAGGCUUGUUUCCCCUGGCUCCCCCUGAAUCAUGCAAAGCAGCUUCAGACUUCAGAGAGCUUUGCAGGAAGACGGCUCCUUCCAAGGCGUAUACGUGUGUGGAUGCUCAAAAAGUGUGUUCACAUGAGUAAAACAUGUUAAAAAUGCAGCAGUAUUUCUGGAAGAGAGAAAAAUCUGAAUAUCAUGAAAGAAAAGAGUCUGAGACGGUAAAUGUCAACAAAGAACAUGAUGUACUAAGGAGUGUUAUUUACCAAAUCCUCGUGUUUUGAGAUGAGUUACUAAACUAAUGCUGUUAUUUCUGUCCAGACAUGAGUGUUAGACUAUCCUACAUAUUAUCCAGGAUGGUUCUUUAACAGUGAACCCAGGCAGUUGUCAAGUUAAAGGCACUAUAAGGAGUUUUUAACUAGUUUAGAAAUAGACUAAAAUUGAUACUGAUGUCUCUGUAUAACCCUCAGAAGCAGGAAAGACCAUCUUUAACAUGGCUAACAGAUUACAGGGAUCUCUUUGUCCACAGGGGGCACCAAAAUCAACACAAACAAAAAGUUACCUACAGGAGCUUUAAGACAAUACUGUAUACAUUAAACCUGGCAUUCAUUUCAACAAGCAUAUUAUACAUCUACAUUUGCUAUGACAUGAUUUGGUAGCCAAUAGGAGUGAGGAUUGGAAGAUAACAAGACACACUGAGAAAUCAUGAAGUUUUGAUAUUGGAGAAUCACGUUUAGCUAUCUAUGCUCUACUUCUACAAUACUUUCUUCCCUCUCUUUUCCUUCAGCAGUCUGUCAGUGUCUCUUUCUCUCUAUUUUCUUUCACUAUUUCUGGGUUUUGCCUCCAUCCCUUACUCCGACGAUGAAUUAUUGAACGUGAGGUUUCUGGUUUUAGACUCUCUGUGUUGUCAGACUUUUGUGUGUGUGCUGAAAUUUCUGAACAGUUUCUGUGCGUGUGUUAAAAACUCACCAGAGGGGAAUAAAAAAAAGAGACGGUCUCAAAAAAAAAAAAAAAAGUCUUCCACUCGAGCUGCAUUUUAUUUUUGUCACUGACACACUUUCUCUCUUCAGAGCAUCCCCUCUCUCUGAAUCAUCUGCGUGCUGGUUGUCCCGGGCGGUUUUCCCUAAACUUCUCCGCUUUAUCUGCUCUCCUAGGCUGUUAUAUUUGACAGAUAUGACAGCAGCUUUAGCUUUAGAGGCAAUUAUAGAAAUCAAAACUACAGUCUAGCUAUCCAUUUGUAUUUAUUUGCUUUAUUCUUACGAGUAAAACAUUCUAGUUUUUGCUUUCAGGCAGUUGUUUUAUGAGAGACGUAUUUGCUAAGGGACUCUUGUUAGGGUUCUGGCUACGUUCAAUUUAAAUUAAUCUAUACCCGUGUUCCUUUAUGUUCGACAUUGUGCUUUUUUUUUUACGAGUGUCUGUGUGCAUUUGUAUGUGUGGGAUGGCGUCAGUGUAGCCUCGUCGUCUGUUGCACAGUAAUUUUCCCUGGAUUGCUCAGGCAGGAUUGACUCCCUGAUUGAAAUAGCUCUCGGUAAGCCAUCAAUAACAGACAGCAGUCUCAGAUCGAGCCAUUUAGGCAUUAAGUGAGUAAGAACACAUGAGAUAGACAGAAAAGAGAGAGAAAGAAAGAGAGAUAUUAGAAAAUCCACAAAGGCACAAAAGCAGCAAUAAAAGUGAUAAAGAGUAACAGGAGGGAAAUGAUGAAAAAAGCUGUAUAGAAAUGUAGGAAAAGCAGAGCAGGGCAGUCGGAGGAGAGAGGUAAAUUAAUGAGGAGUGGGUGAUGUGAGAGGGAGUGAAAUCGAGGGAACAGGGAUCCAAAUGAUGAAGUGGGGGGAGGGAUGAAAGAGGAGUGACAUACAAAGAGAAAUAGAGAUGAGGGAACAGAGACGUGAUGUAUGAAACAUGAAGACUGAAGACAGGGAGAGAAGUGAUGUUUAAUACAGUGAGAAAGUUAAAAUGUAUGAAACUCAUCAGUCAGAUAAAGUGUUUACAAACACAUAAACACAGACUUAUGAGUACAUCCUUUCAGAUCUUUAUGCAACCAUUAACACACACAUACAGAACUAAAAUUUAACAAAUCCUUUAUUUUUUAUUUUUUCCUUUUCCCUGUUUUUCCCCGUUUAUCACUCUUUUUAAAUUUAAUUUGCUGUUUUUCAGUAAGUUAGUUUCUUUACUUACAGGUUUCUUUGUUUCUUUUCUUUGUUUCUUCCUCAUUUUCUCAACAUAAACUUUAUCAGUCAGUUCAUAAGAGACUUAACACUCUCUCCCUUAUUUAUUUUCUCUUUUUCUGCCUUGGAUUCCCACCGGAAAUUUCUCUAAAUUUUUCCAAACUUACCUGAGUAUGUACUUCAUUAUCCUGAUUUUUCUUGUUUUAACCAGAACUUUUAACAAUCCUUUUCUUUCUUUUUCUUUCUUUCUUUCUUUCAUUUUCCUUUGUUCUUUCUUUCUUUCUUUCUUCUUUCUUUUUUCUUUCUUUCUUUCUUUUGUCUCUAUCUUUCUUUCUUUCUUUUUCCUUUCUUUCUUUCUUUUUCUGUAAUUCUUUUACUUUAUUCAUUUCACUCCUUUUCUUUCUUUUUGAUAUUUCUUUGACUCUUUUAAUAUUCUUAUGUUCUUUCAUUUAAUAUUUUUUCAUUUUUCUCUCUUGUCUGUAUUUGUUUUUCUUUAUUUCUUUCUUUCUUUCUUUCUUUCUUUUUCUCUCACUCAUUUUUUUCUUUAUUGUAUUAUUUCUUUCUGUCCUUCUUUCUUCCUCCUUUUUUCUUUUUCUUCCUUACUUUGAUAUUUUAGUCAACAACUGCAAUUAAACACAACAGACAUGAUGUGGGGUUUCUGUGUACAUUUUCCUCUGAUAUUUCCAUACAGAAAACUCUUAUCGUUGAAUAGCUGCUGGUCAGUUACAUUAUAGUGAACCGCAGUGGCACAAGGUAAAGACAAGGAGUCAAGUGGACAGGGUCACAGUGAGGAUGGUGAGUAGUUAGCCAGCGAACACUAGCAUGAGUUAUGCUUUCUCUAAUGGAGGACGAGGGGAUAAUUGGGUCAUUUCAUCACAGCUGAGUGAGCGAGGAAAGGUUAGGGUCUUCGACUUCAUCAUCAGCCAACAGCAGACAUCUAUAAAUAAUUCCCACACACACGACAGAGAGGAGGAAUGAAAGAACGACAACACAGCAGGUUUCUGUUUAUCUGCCACAAACAACAAUUUACACAUAUGUUGGCAAGUGAUGACUGCGUGUAGGUUGUGCUGUUUAUCUGAAUGCGAAUGCUCCGUGAAGUGUCGGUGGAGUAAAACAGAUUUAUUUUAGAACAAGACGUCGGAAUGCCUACAGCGAGCCCCUCUGCCGCUCUCAACAGACUUCCUCCACAUCUGUUACAGCAACACACACUCAAACAUGCACAAAACAGGGGGCGGAGGCUGGCUGUGAGACUUAGCUGACAUAUUAACAACCCGGUAUGGUAAAGGUUGUGGUUUCUAUUCUUGGACGAGUUGAUUCUGCUCAACUGAAUGACUGACCUUUGAUGAAAUAUAAAGUAAACGAUCUCCUCUCCCAUGUUGUGAGUGUAUGUGUGUGCGUGGCUUCUAUGCAAGAGAGAGAGACUGGGUCAUUGUAGUAACACACGUGUGUGCCUGACAUGGAUGCAAGUCGAGCUGAUUUUACCUGUCAGGUGCUGCCACAUCUGAUCCGUCACCCUCUCUCUUCCCUCUCUCUCUCAGACUGCUGGUUUCCUUUACCCUCUUUCCCCUAUUUUCUAGUUUCUAUGGCGAUAGAUGGCAAAGAUGAGGAUAGUGUUUUUAUCAUGUGGAUUUUCACUGUGUUGCAUCAUAAUUAACAGCAAUGCCAAAAUUAUAAGGAGGUAUUUGAAAUUGUCCUUGAGCACACACAAACACACACUGAAUAAACUAAAUCCUAACAACAAUAUAAGACUUUUAAAUGCUUAUAAGUAUGUCCUCUCGUCUUGCAGGUGCUGUACCUGCAGCAGGCGGAGGUUACCAGGGAGCGGGUGUACGCCAUGCACCAGUCCAGCAUCGAUGGUGUCGAGGAUAUGUCAGCACUGGCUGAGCUGCACGAGGCCGCCAUCAUGCACAACCUGUACCAGCGUUACCAGAAGGACAACAUCUAUGUAAGUGCACUCAGAGAGACACACACACACACACACACACAGGGCUGUGAGGAUGUAUGAGGAGGUAUGUCGAGAACAUGACAUAUCUUUUCCAGUAAUCUUUGCAUGAAGCUUUUAGCGGGCUGCACACAUCAUCUUAUCGGACAGUAAGUGGAGAGAAGGAGACAGAGGCAGGAGGCAGGAGGCUUGAUGCUUCUUAUUUGCUUCAUUUUCUUGUUGAACUUGAAUUUUUCGCAGUCUGAGAAUACAAAUGACAGCCCAGGGAGAUUCUUAACCAGAAAUAUAAAAAGAAGAAAGUGAUGUUUUUGUUUAUAUUUCAGCCAAAUAAAAUGAUGAUAUUAGUCAUGAAUUCCAUGAAUUAAUUACUGCUUCAGCAGGAUGGAAAAACACAAAAUGCUGUGCAGAGGAGUCAGUCAGAAUAUGUGGUCUAAGUCUCCCCCAUUAAUAUUUUUACUAUUUAUUAUAUCUUUAUUUACUUUUUAGGCAUUAGGGCCACAUGCAAGGCAUGCACUUUAUUCUGAGUAUUAUGCAUUUAAAAUAGCACUUUACAUUUACUGUGCAAUCGGGCAAUCUGCAAUACAAUUACGCACCUAACACUUUAACACUUCAGCACUCUGCACUUUAAUCAGCACUUUGGUAGCUAAUUUUAGCAUUUAACGCUAGUGAAAUGCAUAUGGUCCCUUGAUUCAGGGGACCCUGAUUUCAUUGUUCUUGCUUUUAUUUUUCAUUUUCUGUCCUAUUGUGUUUUCAAAGACCCGUUUUCCCUCUCUGUAAUUACUCCCCCUGCUCAUACUGGCCAUGAAGGCUAGCUGUUCUACUUGUUGUUCCUGUAGUUUUAUUGAUUUUAUUACCUAAUGUUGUUGACAUCAACCUGCUGAAGGGACUAAAGAUGGAAAUUAGCCGUUGGCUAUAAUUUUGCACAUUUACAUGUAUACGUUCAUCAAUAUGUAUUGUCCCUGGUUUAAAUAAAUAAACUUAAAAUUAAAACUUAAACUCAAGUUUUCACCCUAAAGGCUGCUUUAACUGCAGACCAUGUCAGUUACGUUACAACACAUUAUAUUAAUAUAAAACAAGAUUCUUUGGGUAAAAACACCACCAGACACACACCACUCUUGAGCUUUAAGUGUUUAGAAAAUUAGAUUUUAAAAAGACUCGUUCUUCUUCCUUUUCCUGUCAAGUGUAUUACUCAUUGUGAAUCGUUCUCAAUAAAAAUGUUAUGGGAAAGAUCCUGUUUGGCACACAGAAUCAAAAAUAAGUAUUUAAAAACUAAUCUGGCCCCUCAGUGAUGAUCUUGUUUGCUUUUCUGCUCCAUAUUCAUCUACAGUCUGUUUCAAAACCAGCUGAAAACUCUUCACAGGAUCUUUAACUCACUUGAUGUCGUUUUCAUGCAAAAACGAACAAAAACAACAAAAAGAACUUAAGGAUUUGUUUUUUUAGUUUGUUCUCCUUUAUAGAAAAGGGAGAUUUAUGUGGCUUUGUUUUCCAGGUCCAUUAUAAAGACCGAUCUGACAAUGGAGUCGAGACCGUUCAGAGGUCCUCUCUGCUCAUUUGUAGUUAAAUCUUGCAUUACAAUGCAAACAGCAACUGGCUGACAAUACAAUAAACUCCAUUACCCACCUUGCAUUUGGAGUUUUAAUUUACCAAUGGCCCCAGCUGACAUGAUAAGAUGAUUAUCUGUUUUUGAGGUGAUUUAAUGGAUAUAUAGAUCAAUGAGUCAGGGUCGAUUGUGGGUUGAAAGUUGGUCAUUUGGGAAGCCAGGAAACCUGAAAGAUUAUCGCACAACAGACCAAUAAGAGCCUUCCUGGGUGUGACCUAAUCUAGAUGAUGAAAUACUGUUCAUAUACAGAUUUCGCUUAAGCUGAUCAUACGUAUUAACCCUUUGUGGGGUCAGUUUACUGUUUUGCUGUGUGACUGCAUUUAUGAGUAUGUAGUAGCAGAAAUGCACAGACAGGGUAAUAUGACACGAUAGCAGACCUGCUGACCUGAAGUGGAGAGCAAGUUUGUGGUUUCAGCACAAAAAGCUCAAAUGAAAACCAGCAGCUUUGCUUUAUUAUCUUCCUGAUUUGCCUCUUAGCUGUCCAAUAAAACUGUAAUUGUCUCUCUUCACCUCUACUGUCGGAUCUCCACCUUUUUGAGUUUCAUUAUCUUUAAAUGUAAACACAAAAUAUUAAUUAAAAAAAGGGAAUAAGGACCAGAAUCUUUUGGAGUUCCUCUAAAAUCCACUUCUUCGUCUCUUUCAGACGAAUAUCGGCAGCAUCCUAGCGGCUGUCAACCCCUACAAGCAGAUCCCGGGUAUGUACGACCCGGAGAGGGUAGACCUGUACUCCAAGCACCACAUUGGGGAGCUACCUCCACACAUCUUUGCCGUGGCUAACGAAUGCUACCGCUGCAUCUGGAAACGCCAUGACAGCCAGUGUGUCCUCAUCAGGUUAGUUUGAACCAUGAAGAAAGCAGGUAUAACUAUGAAUGUAGCAUGUAGCAUCUUAGCAUGUAUUUUUGGCAAGAGGGAAAUUUGGUUUAUGCUACUAAAUUUGGUGUUUUUGUCAAACAGACGUUCUUGUUGUGACGAAGGUUAGAAGUUUAAUAUAUAAUGAAUAUUUCAGAAUCAGCUCGCACUGUGUCUUUUUUAAAGAUUUUACAGUAUGAAGCUGUUAAACAUGGACAUAAGGAUAAUGCUUGGUGUUUUAUUUACCCUUCCAACCAAGAUUAUGUUUAUAACACUCCCAACAUUUGGAUUGGACUGAAGUGUUGGUCAAGAGGAGAUAUUCCCCUGAUUUUGAGACCAGAUGGAAGCACAGCAUCUCUGGGAGACAACAAUACCCUGAGCAAUUUUCAUGGCAAUCUGGACAGUGUUGGACUGACUGUGUCUUUAAAAAAACGUCUCUGGCUCCCUUACAUCAUUAAUGUCAGAUUUCUUGACCUUCCAAGAUUUUUAAACUUCCAAGGUCAACAUCUCAACAUCUCAACCUCGCAAAAACAAGUUACUUCCUGGCACAUUUCUGCAAACACUACUAGAUAUGAUUAUGAAUGGUUUGUGGUUUUAUGUCUGGCAAUGAAAAAUCUAUCUAUGUGUGGCCUUUGUACGCUUGGCUCACCGGGUCAAUCCAGUUUAGUCUCACUUGGUCUGCUAAUGAAGAAAGACAGGGAGCUAAUGCGAUAUGUCUGAAGUGAUCAAAUCUCAGUAUCAAUGAAACAACCCAGCCAGUGUCAGAGAUAUGUGAAUGUCAGAGAAGGUCACAUUGUGUUUAAUGAGAUUGGGUCUUGUUCAUUUGUGUGUCCUCAGUGGUGAAUCAGGGGCAGGGAAGACAGAAAGCACAAAACUGUUGCUUCAGUUCCUGUCGGUGAUGAGCCAGAACUCUGUUGGGACUCCUCAGUCGGAGAAAACUACACGGGUGGAGCAGGCCAUCGUACAGAGCAGGUACAUGCUGGGGAGGAACUACUUUCUUUUCUCCUUUGGUAUCACUGUCUGACAUGUUGUGGGAACAGGAAAGACUUCCCAAACCUUUAAUAUGUACCAAGGAUACGCUGUUAUGGAGGACGAGGAGGAUUUUGAUUUGAAGUUUCAAGUCAAGUCAAGCCUUAAAGGAGUUUUAGCUUAUAGUUCUCUAGUUAUACCAACUUUAGUAACGACCGCACUAUAACAAUACACUGCGGUCUGAGGAGCCAUAAACAAACCUCAACCAAAACGACACUCUAUAGCCACAAAUAAUGCUCAGCACAGCACCUAAAUUCAUCAACAGUACAGAUAGAGUUGUAGCCAUAGUACUAGCUACCAAACAUAUUUUUAACUUUGCCUGAUUUCUUUAGCAAAGAGACUAAACACAACUCACCUUCUCUCUUCCAGCAGCCACUUGUUUGUUGCGAGACCUCGGGCCAGUCCAUUAUGGACUGCAGUGGGGUGACGCAGCUCAAGGAAGAACAUUUAUGAUCAUUUCUUCAUGGAAAUGCAAUCAGACCGAGAUGCUAAGGCAGUAGAACUACUGCAUCUGCAGUGCAAAAUGAUUAAUAUGGUGAUUAUUGCUACAAGGAAAUGAUAAAGAAAUGAUCACAAAUGUUCUUCCUUGGGCUGCGUCACCCUGCUGUAGUCUGUAAUGGACUGGCCUGAGGUCAUGCUACUAACAAGAGUUGUGAGUUGUGUUUAGUCUCAUUGCUAAAGAGAUUAGGCAAAGUUAAAAAGAUAUUUGGUGGCUCGUGCUAAGGGUAGGACCCUAUAUGUACUAUUGAUGAAGUUAGGUGCUGUUCAGAGCAUUAUUUGUGGCUAUAGAGUGGCGUUUUGUUUGAGGUUUGUUUAAGGCUCCUCAGACCGCUGUGUAUUGCUUACUUAAGUUGGUAAAACUCAAGAAGCAAGUGAUCGGCAACAUUCUCGAGGGGGUGUCUAACUCGGCAUUACAGUGUGUUUGACCCUAAAUUAAUUUUACACCGGAAUAUCCCUUUAAACUCUUGAAACUACAGCUUUUUCUUUAACCACACCUCCCAUCAGCAGCUGAACUUUCUCUGUGGCACUGUGUGAUCCGUUAUUGUACCACUGAAAAUGAGCGUGCUGCCUCGAUCAGUCAUUCACAGAUUAUUAAAUGCCUUUUAAAAUGUUGCUUCCCUAUAAUAUAAUCAACGCUCCACAGCACAUUAUAGUUUCUAAUAUUUUUCACUGCAUGGAGAGAAAUUCAGCUAUAACAAAAUUCACUCACUUUCUUUGUUUUCCUCCUCCGCAGUCCGAUCAUGGAAGCUUUUGGUAACGCAAAAACUGUUUACAACAACAACUCCAGCCGCUUUGGCAAAUUCAUCCAACUUCACUUCUCAGAGGGCGGAAACAUCCAAGGAGGCUGCGUCAUCGACUGUAUCCUUCAGCUUGUGUUUGAAAUAAAUGUAUUUGCGAAGUGUACCUGUGUUUACUUCUGCAUGUGUCCGAGCUUUAUAGUUUCCUUGACUCUUUACAUUUUCAGAUUUGCUUGAAAAGGUAACUCCACAUCCUCAGAUUGGUCAUUUCAAAGUUAAAAUUCAUGAGGAGUGAUUUGUCUGCUUUCACUGUGAAUCAUAAUGAAAUGUUAAUUACGGCUUUGCUGCAUUGAUUUUUGCUGCAGAACCGGGUGGUACGACAAAACCCUGGAGAGAGAAACUACCACAUCUUCUACGCUCUGCUGGCAGGAGCUAACAAGGAGCAUAAAAGUGAGGAAAGCAUGAAAGUAUUCAAUUAUAGAUCCUGCUCUAUUCAAGUAUUUUACGAACAGUACAUAAAACACAAUUACUACUCGACAAAACUAGAGCUCUCUCCUUCUGUCAUGUUUUCCUCUCUCAGGCCAGUACUUCUUGGAGGAUCCUGCUGAAUCUUUCCACUACCUCAGCCAAUCAGGGUGUCUGAAAGACAAGAGCCUGAACGACAAAGAGCUGUACACCAGUGUUAUGGUCAGUGUCAUCGCUGUUUUGUUCUCUGCCAUCUAGACGAUACAAGAUUUCAAGAUUGCACAUUUCCUGCAGAUAAAGCUGCUCUGGUUGCACAAAUUAUUUAACUAUGAGUACAGUGUUGUAGCCCUGAGGGGAUGACACAAUACAACCCAUUUAGUCAAGCUGGCUUUCUUUAAGUGCAGCUGGAAAAGAAGCGGUUGUUUUCUUUAUUUGCUUGGGUCGUGCAUGUGCCAAAGUUGUCCUUAGUUGAGCUCUUGCCGGGGUUUGAUAUAUUGUCUGUCUAAUCUAUAAACAAAUUUAAGAUGCUAACCUUCAAAUCAAACCAUAAUAAAAUCUCACAGAGGAAUUGAUCAUUUUCUGAACAUGAUAUUAGGGGCGCAUCCAGAUCUUUUUGUUCCUGGGGCGCUGACUUGUGCAGGUGUAGCGUUAAGUAUUUGAGCACACAUGAUUGAAUUGAGCUGAACUGAAUUUAAAUCUACGUCUGUCAUGAGCCAGAGUUAAACAAAAGGGAAAGAACCCAAAUGCAGACAAAAAGAAGAUUUAAUUAAAGGGACUAAAUGGAAAAAAGAAACAUAAAGAGAAAAAAUGGAGCAAAAAUCACAUGGAGCAAUUGGGGACACAAGCAUACGCACACAGACAUACAACAAACCAACCAGGACAGAGGCGAAGAAAGGGACUAUAUAGGCACACAGGGAAACGAGCAACAGGUGAGGCUAACGAGACACAGGUGAAACUAACGAGACACAGGUGAAACUAACGAGACACAGGUGAAGCUAACGAGACACAAGUGAAACUCAUGGGUGAUUAACGAAGGAGGAAAACUAGGAAAGUAAAACCAGACUAGAAACACAAGGAAUCCACUACUACAAAAUAAAACAGGAAACACCUAAAACUGAGAUAAAGAAUAAAACACAGAGAACAGGAGGGAAACAGGGUCAGACACAAACUGAAAACUCACAAGACUGGAUCAUAGGAACAAUACACUCAGAAAAAUAUCAAAAAAAUAACAAAACCAAUGAAAAUAUCAUGACAACAUCUCUGCCAUAUACUAUUUUGAGUGAUAACUGUCUUUUUAAAGAUAGGAUACUGUGCUGAAUAUAUGAAAUGUGACCAAUUGGUUCAUAAUUGGAGGUAAUAAAACGAAGACUAAGACCAGUAUGAAAAAAAGACUAAUGUAAUACCUCACAAUCAAGCAGAGGUAGCAAAAUGAUAUUUCAAAAUAAAAGCGUGCUUUUACAGUAGAGAAAAUGAAGCAACAUACACAUAAGAAAGUAAAGUAGUCAAAAUAAAACUAAUUUUGUUAAUCUCCUCUCUAAAGAUUAUAUUGUUUAUUUUUCAACUAGCCUUUACCACAGUGUGCAGAUGCUGCAGCACAAAUUAUGAUACAGGAAACAACAGAUGAAAGCAAGGCGCUAUAGUGGCACCAAAUAAAAAAGGGUCUUCACCAGAUUGGGAAUUUUUAUGAAAGUGUAGAAUAGACAACAUGUGUAUACAAUGUGUAAGGCUGAAUCACUCACAGAAAUAUACUGUUGUUUAAGUUUUAAUUUGUAGCUCCUUCCUUGUCUUUUUCUGUCUUAAUUUGACUGAAUGUGUUGUUUUUCUGCAAGUUUUUUUGUAAAUAUUGCUAAAGUAUUAUUAUAAGAAUUUUUUUUUAUCAAUAUAACAGAGAGAGGAAGACGUGAAGUGGUGGCAGAGCUAUUUUUCACUGAGCCUACUGGGCCUGCGAACAUUAAUGCAAUCCAAAAAAUAACAAAUGGUAAAUCUUGAAGGACUUUUUGAUGGUGUCACCUAAAAAACUCUUCAUUUUUGUUUUGCAGGAGGCCCUUAAGGUCUUACAGUUUACGGAGGAGGAAAUCAGAGACAUGUUCAAGCUGCUGUCAGGAGUCUUGCAGCUCGGAAACAUUGAGUUCAUGCUCGCGGGAGGAGCCCAGAUCACCACUAAGCAAGGUCAGAGCCCAUGUAGAGUGAGUCAGGAAGAAUAAAAGCAUGCAUGGAUGUAUUGUGGAAGUGUAAUAUAUCUUUCUUGGUCUCUUAGUGGUCAGUAAUGCGAGUGAGCUGCUGGGCCUGGACGCCUUCCAGCUGUCUGAAGUCCUGACUCAGCGCUCCAUAAUCCUCAGAGGAGAGGAAAUCUGCUCUCCGCUCACUAUCGAGCAGGUCAGCACACACAUACGCUCAUACAUUAAUUCUCGCUCUCUUGAUUGAUCACACAUACACUCAGACAGCUUCCUCCUCCUUCUUGUUGCAGGCGGUGGAUUCCCGCGACUCUGUCGCCAUGGCGUUGUAUUCCCAGUGUUUCUCUUGGAUCAUCCUCAAGAUCAAUCAGAAAAUCAAAGGGAAGGAAAACUUUAAAUCCAUCGGCAUCUUGGACAUUUUUGGCUUUGAGAACUUUGAGGUCGGAAUUAUUACCUGAAAUGUUUUUAUACCAGCAGACUAAGUGCAGAUCUUUCUUUUUGAAAUAAAUAACGCCUCUUUUUGCAUUGCAGGUGAAUCGCUUUGAGCAGUUUAACAUCAACUACGCCAAUGAGAAACUUCAGGAGUACUUCAACAAGCAUAUCUUCUCCCUAGAGCAGCUUGAAUACAACAGGUAGACCUCUACAAAGCAAUUUAUAACACUGCUCCUGCUCGCCCUGCUUCUUUUAACACUUCUAUUUAUCAUUCAUCAAGAACCUUUAAACACCAAAUUAGUCACUUCCUUUGACUUUUACUUUAUAAGUGUUUGGCUUUAAUCUCCACAGGGAAGGUGUCCAGUGGGACGCCAUUGACUGGAUGGACAAUGCAGAGUGUCUUGACCUCAUAGAAAAGGUGGGGGAACAGAAAAGCACCUUUUUUUGUUCAAGCCAGACGUUUGGUUGCAGUGCUUUAAAGUAAAUGCAAUUCUCAGUCAGUUAAGAGCUGUGCUGGACGCCUGCCGCAGACUCUCUCUGGAAACGGAUCCAAUAAACCAUCAGGCUGGUGUCUCAGAAAGCGGUGCUGAUUCCAUAAAGCUGAUGCGAUAACAUGAUGUGUUUUUCAUCUCCGUCGUUUAGAAACUGGGCUUGUUGGCGCUCGUCAAUGAAGAGAGUCGAUUCCCCAAAGGGACAGACUUCACCCUGCUGGAGAAGCUGCACAGUAGACACUCUGUAAGUUACUCACAAACCUGAACAAACUCAGUUUUUCGAGAGUGUUGGUUUUAAAAUGUCCAAAUAUGUUUGACUUUUUCCUCUUUCCUGUAGACAAACCCUUAUUAUGUGAAGCCCAGACUGGCUGACCAUCAGUUUGGUAUCAAACAUUAUGCAGGCGAGGUAACCGAGUCGUUUUACAGUAAAUAGGAUUUUGCGUGAAGUUUGGGAGACUCAUCAUGAACUUUUCUGUCUCCAUCAGGUCCUGUAUGACGUUAAAGGUAUACUGGAGAAGAACAGAGACACUUUCAGGGACGACAUCCUGAACAUGCUCAAAGACAGCCGGUAUAGUCACAACAAAUAACCAUGAGGUGUUUCCACCGCUCUGUUUUAUCGAUAACCCGGUGUUUGACCCUCUGCGGUUGUUUCCUCUCAGACUCGACUUCAUCUAUGACCUGUUUGAGAAGGUCGGCAGCAGAAACAACGAGGAGAAGAUGGGAACAGCCAGACGUAAACCUACAGUGAGCUCCCAGUUCAGGGUGAGUGACGUGAGCUGUUGAAGAUUUUUAAGCGCUGGUCUCGAGCUCCACAUUUUCCAAGGGAUGCUAUCAACCGGGGCGGACCAAAAUGAUUCUUUAUACUUCAACCAAGCAAAGAAAACUUAUUUCAAAGAACUCAGCAAGGAAAUUUUGAAGUUAAAUAUGCAGAAACAAGAUUUGGAUAUGAAGGAACCAUCAUCUAAACAGGAAAGGAAAACCUUUUUUGACUCUAAGUGAUGCUUUUUGUCGUUGAAAAAAAGGAAAAUUACUGAAUUUUAAAGCUACUCAAUAAAGCACAAAUACAAAGAAGCCGAAUAACUGACAGUAACUUGGGUAAAUCUGAAUUCAAUGAGUUAUAUAUGUUUUAAAAGUGUAAGUUAUACUUUUGUAGCUGAAUUUGCUCAUUGUUUCAGUCUCAAAAUGACAAAAAAGACAAACAUGUGAUCAUAACAAAACAAAAAAUGAUCAUAAAAGUUUUAAACUGUAGGUGUAAGAACUUUUCCACUUUCUUUCUUUAUCUCCUCAGGACUCGCUGCACGCUCUCAUGGCCACUCUAAGCGUAUCAAACCCUUUCUUUAUUCGCUGCAUUAAACCUAACAUGGACAAGGUCAGACUCUUCUAUUUUACACCUCUAUAACUGAGCCUGAGUGAUAGUUCCUUUUAAAAAUUAUAAUAAUAAUCUUUUGUUUGACCUGCAGAAUCCACAUAAGUUCGAUCCAGAGGUGGUCCUGAACCAGCUGAGGUAUUCUGGGAUGCUGGAGACCGUAAAGAUCAGACGGGCCGGGUUCCCCGUCCGCAGGACCUUCAAAGACUUCUCCUCUCGGUGAAAACCUCCUCAAGCUUGAUUUAUUUAUGUUACUUCCUGUGUCUCUUUUGUUUGCUCUCUAACAUGCGCUGUCCUCUUUCUGUCCACCAGAUACAAGAUCAUCGCAAAAGACAAAGUGGCAGCAAACGGAGACGACAAGAAGAGAAGUACAGACCUUUUGUUUAGAUAUGACAAGACAAAGAAAGAGUGGCAGCUGGGUAAGACAAAGGUAAGAUUUUUAGUUCCUUUAAGGCUGGAUAUCAACACCAAAACAUGAUAACUGCUAAUCUUUAGGUUUUCUGUACGAUAGGUUAGACCUCUUCCAGAUAAUCCUCACUUUUGUUCUGCAGGUGUUUAUGAAAGAGUCUCUGGAGCAGCGUUUGGAAAAGGACAGAGAUGAAGUGCGACGCCAAGCUGCCAUGGUCAUCCGAGCCCAUCUGCUCACUUUCUCUGCCAAGUAAGAUUUUAACGCAACCAUGUUCAAGACUUCUGCUUCCAAAAAAGGGAUUCAAGAAGUAUAUGUGCUAGUUUUUAAUCCCCUCGUGUUAUUCGUUUUUUUUUUUGAUCUACAGGAAGUACUUCAAGCGUGCCCGUGCCAGCGUCGUCACCCUCCAGAAACAUCUGAGGAGGCACAUCCGGCGCAAGCAGUUCGUAAAACAACGCAAGGCGACUCUGGUGCUGCAGAAAUACAGGCGAGGUCAGGUGGCCCGAACACGCGUCCGUAAGCUAAGAGAGGAGAAGAAGAAGAAGGAGGAGGAGCAGAAGAAGAAAGAGGAGGCAGAGAAGAAGGCGCCCGGAGAAGGGGAGCAGCAGGGUGCUGAUGGAAAGGAUAAAGAUGCGAAUGAUGGUUCUUCGGUGUGUUUUUGAUAAAGUAGAAGAGGAAAAAUAGAUUUUUUUAAUUUAUUUGAUGCUAUAGUGUGUGUGUGUUUUCUCCUCUUCUCCUUCAGGAUGAGGCCCGUCAGAUGGAGGAGAUCCUGCAGCUGGAGCGAGAGAUAGAGCGCCUGCAGAAGAAGCGAGAGGACGAGGUGUCCCAGCUGUGCGAGUCCUCCAAACAGGAGCUACAGCUGCGCCGAGAUGCCGAGCUCAAACGGAUGAAGAAGGAGGCGUCACGCAAGGCCACGCAGCUCAUCGACCUCCUGGACUUCGGAGGCGUGGACCCCGCGCUGGCAGCAGUCGCCGCCAAACCUGCCGCUGAGGCGAAAACCCCGAAAGCUGCACGCGCCAGCAGAGGAGCGUCCAAGGAUGAGGAGGUGGAUGAAGGUUUUCACGCCGAGGACGAGUGUAUCCCUCUCCCUGACUUCCCUCCUCCUGCUGAGACCGACACUCCUCUGGACCAGGAGAUCUUCGCCCACCUCCCUCCUCCCCCGCCUGCUUUUGCAGAGGGAACCGUCCCCCCUGCUCCUCCUCCUCCACCUCCUCUGCCUACAGACGGCAUCCCCGGUGCUGGGAUUCCUCCGCCGCCUCCUCUUCCCCCACCUGGGGAUGGUUCAGCAGUCCCACCUCCUCCACCUGCCCCAGGAGAAGAGGAGAAGAAAGACGGAGCCAAGCCAGAGCCUGAGAGGAAGGUGAGCAUGGUGGAUAGCCUGGUGGACGGAGACGAACCCAUCUACAGCAUGCCGGCCGACACUGAGUCCGACUACGACCAGGAGGAGGAGGAGGGGUCUGUUACCGCGGGAGACGACAGCUCCGUAUCCGGGAGCAACCGGGGAAGCGCAGCAGUGGCUGACGAGGAGCAUCCGAGGAAGUCAACUUGUACCAACGCGAGCAUCGAGUCCUACAGAGGCAGCUCUGACUCUGUGAGGACACACACUUACACGCAUCCUCACACGCGUGCACGCAGAUAUGUAUGAGCAGCUACACACUGACAAGUGUCUCUUUUAAACAUUUUUCUUUUUCCCCACAGUUUUCUGUCGCACUUUUCACUGUCUACAACAAAUUCAAUUUUUGUUUGAUAUUGCAGUAUGCAGACAGCGAUGAUGAACACGACGGCAUGAUGGACACGGAUGAAGAAGUCACUAACGGCAGAGUGACAUUGCUAAACGGAAACGGGCCGCCUUAUUUCCACGGUUACCUCUACAUGAAGGGUCUGUGAUUGAAUAAUUAUCCUCAGCUUCAAAGAUGGCUAUACCUCGUUUUUUAAAUGUGUCUUUCUUUAUACAUUUUUACCUGUAAGUAAUUUAGUUCUCUGACCCUUCAGCUGGUCUGAUGAUCCCCUGGAGGAGGCGUUGGUGUGUGUUGAAGGACGAAACCUUCAUGUGGUUCCGGUCCAAACAGGAGUCUCUGAAGUCGGGCUGGCUCUAUAAGAAAGGAGGAGGACUCUCGACUCUCUCACGGAGGUUGUUGUAGUUUUUACUGAGUGCAGCCUGCAUGCUUAAGAAAAAUGUAUAAGUACAGUAAUGACAAAAAACAAUAAUUUUACAGUUAAAGAAAAUAAAUCUCUGUUGAAUUAUUCUAUCUGUGAUGCACUUUAUGGAUUAUCUGGGAAUCUGUGUUGGCUCUGUAAGCAGUUCUGAUGUUUGUAUCAUUCUCUGACCUCUGCAGUAUCGGAGGACUUCAGUAUCUAAAUCAAGCUGGUGCACUGAGAAAGUAAAAAGAUUUUACACUUAAAGCUCCUAUAAGGGACUUUAGGUUUGCAUUUAUUUUGGCGCCCCCCUUGUGGACAAAGCUUUACCUUUUAACACUUGACUUCUUAUAGUUGAUGUUGAUAUAUAAACGUUGGGGGUGGGAGAAAAAAUCGAUUUACAUAAGUAACAUGAUUUUUUGUUUUACAAUUUUUAAAUCUAUUUUUUUUUUUUUUAAUUUAAGAGUAAAUCUUAAAAAUUGACUUACAUGUGAUGUGUAUUUUUGGGGGAAAUAUGGUUCCUGGAAUAGCCAGGAGACGAUCAUAAUCAUUCAACUGUUUCACUGGUGUUAAAAAUGCAGAUUAAAAAUCGAGAAAAUAGACGAGAUCGUAGCAUCGCAAUUUAAAUCGAAUCGGCAUCCAAAAAAUUGUAGAAGAAUCGAAUCAGGAGAAAAGCAUAUCGUCCCAGCCCUAAUAAACGUAUCAUACUUUAAGAACUUUGCUAAUUUACUGACAUCAACAAAAACAAAAAGUUCAGGAGCAUCACAAUUAAGUUUUGAAAUAGCACUGUCACAUUUGUUUAUGCUUCUUCCAUCUGUACGGUCAUUUCUCUGGAGUAGAUAUUCAAAAUCAAAAAGCUAAAUUUAGUCUCAGGUACUUUAUAUAAUGUCUGUAUUAGACUGUCUCGGCCUUUGUUUUCAUUGUGUCUCCUUCUGCCUCAGAAACUGGAAGAUGCGAUGGUUUGUACUGAGGGACAGCAAGCUGAUGUACUAUGACAACGACAGCGAGGAGAAGCUGAAGGGGACCAUCGAUAUCCGAGCAGCCAAGUAAGAGUCCUGAAAGUGUUUUUGAAAACCACCUCUUUGAUUUGUUGUUUCUUUCUUGUCUAGACUACAGCUGCAUCUCUCACACUCUCUAUGUGUUUGUGUUUUUACAGGGAGAUCGUGGAUAACCAUGAAAAGGAGAACGCUCUGAACAUCGUGACAGAUGAGAGGACAUAUCAGGUUUUUGCUGAGUCACCGGAAGAUGCAAGGUGUGCUGGAGCCGCUUUGUAGAAAACUGCACUUUAGACAACAUUUAAACAGAAACAGAUCGAGAUUUUCUUUUAAACUUGCGUCUGUGUUUGUUUGUGUGCAGUGGGUGGUUUAAUGUUCUCAGUAAGGUGCGCGUUUGUACACCUGAGCAGCUGCUGGAGAUGUCUCAUGAGCAGGCCAACCCCAAGAACGCUGUGGUCAGUCUGCUCUCAUAUUCUUGCAGUUUUUGAGUUCGCUUACCCUUAACACGUCCUCAUAAAAGUGAAUAUGCACCAGUACUUCAAUUUGAGGAGUUCUUUUUUGAUCUCUCAGGGAACUCUCGACGUCGGGUUGAUUGACUCUGUCUGUGCUUCAGACAACCCUGACCGGUAAGUUACAUCAAAAGUGUUUUUUUUAUUUUUUAAAGGUCACUGUUUUAGGGGAAAAGUUCAUGGUUAGUUAUAUAUUCACUCCUGAUAAAAAAAAAUAAAAUCACAAAACUCGUGACAACUUCCCAAAAUUUGAUUGAGUGUAUUUUAACAUGAUGGUAAAAACUACCUUGUGCGUUUCAGUUCGGACAUACUACUGACAUGAGGCUGAAAAUCAUCCGCCGACAGAGUCACUGUGAAAACCGGAGCCCUGCUUUCUUACGUCCAAGCUUAACCAGCCUUGAGAUAUCAGUUUUGAAAAACCGACUGUGAGACAGCUAGACAUUUUGAUGCCACUUUGAAGCUGGCUUAUUCAUCUGCUGAUCUCUUGUUAUCACAUAAACGCAUAUUUAGGACGGCAUAGGCUGUAAAGAGGUCUAUAUUAAGCAACCAGUGCAGACCCUGAAGAGACACGUCAAGGCUGAAAAAGUCAUGCUGCCAGUAUUAUUCAUUUUCCUCAUUUAAAAGUGUGCCACCUUUGACCUUUUCAGACCCAACUCCUUUGUUAUCAUUACGGCCAACCGGGUCAUCCACUGCAACAGCGACACACCGGAGGAGAUGCAUCACUGGAUCAGUUUACUGCAGAAACCCAAAGGAGACGCCCGGAUAGACGGCCAAGAGUUCCUUGUUAGAGGUCAGGAUGGAUUUUCUGCACAUGCACAACACUCCAGUUCUCUUCAGGAUGUUGCUUGAAUAUUAUAUAUAUAUAUAUAUGCUAUGACAGAGUGUAUAACAGAUUGUCCAUCAAAUUAGGCCAGGAGGCAGAAAAUUUGACUUUCUGGCAUCAAAUGGGCAAAUAUGUUUAAUAUCUCUCUUUCUGUCUCGUCAUCUUUCAGGCUGGCUCCAAAAGGAGAUGAAAACGAACGCGAAGAGCACGUCCCUGAAGCUGAAGAAGCGCUGGUUUGUUUUGACCCACAACUCUCUAGAUUACUACAAGAGCUCAGAGAAGAACUCCUCCAAGAUGGGAACUCUGGUCCUGAACUCGCUCUGCUCCAUCAUUCAGCCGGAUGAGCGGGUGCACCGGGAGACUGGUGAGUAGACAAGGAAAGGUAGAGAGAAAGGGCGAAUAGGCCUGUUUCUCUGAUGGAUUUAUUUCACUCUUUUUUUUCACAGGUUACUGGAAUAUCAUCGUGUACGGGAGGAAGCACUCUUACCGCCUCUAUACUAAGAUGCUGAACGAGGCCAUGAGGUGGACUGCUGCCAUCCAGGGAGUCAUAGACAGCAAGACUCCCAUAGAGACUCCGACUCUGCAGCUCAUCAGAGACAUCAAGGUCAGACGCGUGAAAGACGACCCUUCAUUUUCACGUUCAAAGACAACAGCUUUCUAAUAUCUGACUCCUUCACGCUCCCGCAGGAGAACAGCGUGAACCCGGACAUCGUGGAGCAGAUGUACAGGAGGAACCCAAUCCUCAGAUACACCCAGCAUCCUCUGCACUCCCCUCUGCUGCCGCUGCCCUACGGAGAAGUCACCAGCUGUAAGUAAAAAAACAAAUAUAGAAGAAAGAGUGGAAGAACAAACCGAGACACCAAAUGAAGAAUUGAUGAGCUGUUGUAUCUCAUGCCCCCAAAAAGCAAAUAACCUCUAAAAUAUCUGCAGCAAAACACUAACCAAAUUCUUAACACAAAUUUUAACGUAAAUGACACAUGAUGAACUAUAAAGAGAGGCCAGAUAAUUACCAUCUGUAUUUAAAGCUCCUGUAAAGAACUUUUUGUUUAUUUGAAAUAAAAAACAAGAUAAUAAGGGGGGAAAAUAAGCCCCUGUUAAGGUGUUUCUCCCCAAAUGCUGCUGUUAAGUUAGCUUUUCAUCCAAACAGCACUACCACCUUCAGACCUUUAGGACUCCACCCUAUGUUACAGUCACGGUCUGGAGUUAAACAAAAAGGGAAAGGACCCAAAAUGCAGAACAAAAAAAGGAUUUAUUUAGUAAGAACAAAGAAAAAAGCAACAAGAGGAGAAAAAAAAAAUAAAACCCCUGGGGCAAAAUUGCAGGGAGCAACUGUGGACAAAGGCAUACGUAUACAUGGACAAACAAUGAACAGACAAGAACAGAGGGGGAGAUAGAGACUAUAUACACACAGGGAAACGAGCAACAGGUGAGGUAAACGAGGCAUAGGCGGUACUAACGAGACACAGGUGAGGCUAACGAGACACAGGUGAGGCUAACGAGACACAGGUGAAGCUAGGGAAGUAAAACCAGACUAGAAACACAAGGAAUCAACUUCUACAAAAUAAAACAGGAAACACUGAAAACUGAUCCAAAGAAUAAAACACAGAGAACAGGAGGGAAACAGGGUCAAACACAAAUUGAAAACUCAUAAGACAGGACUACAGGGGAACAGUAAUGAUAGAGAACAGAAACACUAGGAAAAAUGCACACAAAAUGCACUCAAAUAACAAAACCAGGGAAAAACUAAAUCAACAGAACAUAUCAUGACUCCCAAACUGUAGGGUUAUCAAGAGGGACCUCCAAGGUGGAGACACUUUAGAGCUCCAGCAUGGAGCCAGCUCUUACCACCCAUCACUCCCACAUAGAGAGAAACAGAGAGAAGAGUCCAUAGUGAGAUAUAAGAAAGUGAACAGGGGGGUAGAGACAGGACGAUGCUGUUUGUACGCUCUUUGUCUCCCUACUCCUCUAAGAACAUACCCGUUUUUAUUUCCAAAUUUCAGUGUUUCUUCUUAUGCAAAUCCACAGACUUGUUUUAACCAGUAUGAAUACAUCAUUUUUCAUCAUACUCUGAUUCUCAAAUCACCCGUUUCGCAUCAUGGCGAUUUAUUAUUCCAAUUAUUUGUCUGUUCUGAAUAUUUCUCUAUCUUUCUUUUUGUUUUUUUGUUUUUUUUUCUCUCCCAUGUUCAGUACAAAGACAGCAGGGCUACGCAAGCCUGCAGGAUGAGGCAGUACGAGUUUUCAAUUCCCUGCAGGAGAUGGAGACUCUGGCAGACACAGUGCCCAUCAUUCAAGGGAUCCUCCAGACCUGCCAGGACCUGCGUCCUCUCAGGGAUGAGGUACGUAAAGUUACUUUAAACCUCAACAAAAAAACAUAACAGGUCAGAAAAUGAAACAGAAAUACAAAAUAUGAUAGUUUAUAUUUUGGAAAAAACUGUCAAAUAUAUUUUACUUUUACAUUUUUACAUUCUGAAAUCAAGACAAAAGACUGAAACGAACCACUGAUGAUGUGUCUUACUUUUUACAUCAUUACAUAAAACAAAAUCCUUUUUUUUUCAAUUAAAACUGCCAUUAAAGUCUGUCUGCCUAUUUGUUUCCUCAGGUAUACUGUCAGGUGAUCAAGCAGACCAAUCAUGUGCCUCAGCCUAACAGCCCAGCGAACCGGGCACACUGGCAUCUGCUCACCUGCAUGAGCUGCACCUUCCUGCCCAGUCGAGCCAUCCUCAGAUACCUCCGCUUCCACCUCAAGAGGUGUGUGAUCGAGUGUGUGUGUGUGUGUAUUGUGCGACUUUGAUGUAUAAUUAAUGGAAUAAAUGCGUCAUAAAUCUUUGAUGUCCUUUGGUUCAGGGUACGCGAGCGCUUUCCCGGCACAGAAAUCGAGCGCUAUGCCAGUUUCAUCGGGGAAUCCCUGAAGAAGACCAAGACUCGUGAGUUCGUCCCCUCUCAGGAGGAGAUUGCCGCCCUGCUGGUUAGACAGGAAAUGAGCACAACCGUCUACUGUCACGGAGGAGGCUCCUGCAAGAUCUCCAUCAAUUCUCACACAACAGCUGGAGAGGUAAACGUCCAAAUAUUCAGAUAUGCCAACUUAAUAUUCAACCGAACAGCAAAUGUGAUUUUUUUGAUGUUGCUGCUGCAGGUGGUGGAGAAGCUGAUCAGAGGUUUGGCCAUGGAGGAAAGCAAGAAUCUGUUCUCUCUGUUCGAGCACAACUCCUUCACAGAUCGAGCUCUGGAGAGCAGAGUGAUUGUGGCCGAUGUUCUGGCCAAGUUUGAAAGGUAUCUGAAUCGAUACUAAAGAUUAAGAUUUAUUGACGACAGAGGCGUUUAAGCAGAGAAGAAAAUUACAAUCAGCAUGAAAUUUAAGGCCCUGAUCUGUUUAAUCUACACUGAAAGAUGCAUCUCUAUACUUAACGUCUGCUCUGAACGACAUGUGCUCAAUGUUUUUUUUUUUCUCCAGGCUGGCAGGUAGUGAAGAAGAGGAGGAGGAAGGAGAAUGGAAACUCUACUUCAAGCUCUACUGCUUCCUGGACGUGGAGAGCAUGCCAAAAGAAGGAGUCGAGUUUGCUUUCAUGUUUGAGCAGGUGAGCUAUAAACAACUUGUGCUUAUAGAGCUCUCUUGAUAUAAAUGAAAUAACUGACUUUGUUCCGACCGUCCUUCUCUUUAUGUUUUCUUAGGCCCACGAGUCUCUGAUUAGCGGUCACUUCCCGGGCUCAGAGGAAACGCUGCAGCACCUGGCCGCUUUACGCCUCCAGUAUCUCCAUGGUGACGGGGCAGGUCGGGCAGGGUGGAACCUAGGAAGCGUUUAUCCAAUCGGCCGCCUCCGCAAUCGCAUCCUCCACUCCACUAAGCCCGGUGUGGGAGCUGCGGGUGGAGCAGGAGGAGGAGGAGGAGGAGGAGCAGGGGAAGGGAAGGGCACAGUCGGGGGACAGGGAGGCAUCCCACUCGGGGCGGAGAAACGAAAGACCCCGAGCUUCCUGGAUGGCACCCUGAGGAGGAGCUUCAAGACUGGAUCACUGAAGAAGCAGAAGGUGGGAGAAGAUGGACUCUAUCAUCCAACUGGAUUGACUGAAAGUCUACCAGGGUGCUCUAAAUAGAUCUGCUUCUCUGUGUUCCUGCAGGUGGAGGAGGAGCAGAUGCUGGAGAUGUGGGUGAAGGAGGAGACGUCCGCCACACGGACCAGCGUUCUGGAGAAGUGGACCCGGCUGCAGGGCAUGCCUCAACAUCAGGCCAUGCUGAAAUACAUGAGCAUCAUCAAAGAGUGGCCAGGAUACGGAUCUACUCUGUUUGAUGUGGAGGUGAGAAAAAAACGAAGGAUAAAGGAUUUGCACCAAAAGCUUCAUCACACGAAAUCUUUGUUCUCUUGUUUAUUUUCUCUCUGUAGUGUAAAGAAGGAGGUUUCCCUCACGAUCUGUGGCUGAGUGUGAGCGCAGACAACGUGUCGGUGUAUAAACGAGGUGAACCGAAACCUCUGGAGACCUUCCAGUACGAACACAUCACCUUCUUCGGUGCGUCGCAGCCCUGCACCUACAAGAUCAUCGUGGAUGAGAGGGAGAUGUACUUUGAGACGCCACUGGUGAGGACUCUUCAGUCAUUAUUGAUUUUAAGUUAUUAGUUUCUUUCAUGGUUUUGAAAGUUUUCAUGAAUCUAUUUUGUUGACCUUUUAAUGAUAAAAACCAAAGAAUUUAAAGGGAUAUUCUGGUGUAAAAUCAAUUCAGGGUCAAACACACCGUAACACAGAGUUAGACACCCCUUUGAGAGAUGAAUGUUGCCGACCGCUUGCUUCUCUAGUUAUACCAACUUUAGUAACGACCGCAGGAUGGCAAUACACAGCAGUCUGAGGAGCCAUAAACAAACCUCAACCAAAACGCCACUCUAUAGCCACAAAUAAUGCUCAGAACAGCACCUAACUUCAUCAACAGUACAUAUAGGGUCCCAGCCAUAGUACUAGCCACCAAACAUCUUUUUAACUUUGACUCAUUUCUUUUGCAAAGAGACUAAACACAACUCACCUACUCUCUUCCAGCAGCCGACUGUUUGUAGUGAGACCUCUGGCCAGUCCAUCACGGACUACAGUGGAGUUUCGCAGCUCAAGGAAGAACAUUUAUGAUCAUUUCUUUAUCAUUUCCUUGAACUAAUAAUCGCCAUAUUACUCAUUUUGCUCUGCAGACGCGGUAGUUCUUCUGCCUUAGCGUCUCGGUCUGUUUGCAUUUCCAUAAAGAAAUGAUCAUAAAUGUUCUUCCUUGAGCUGCGAAACUCCGCUGUAGUCCAUGAUGAACUGGCCAGAGGUCUCGCUACAAACAAGCGGCUGCUGGAAGAGAGUAGGUGAGUUGUGUUUACUCUCUUUGCUAAAGAAAUUAGGAAAAUCUAAAAAGAAGUUUGGUAGCUAGUACUAUGGCUAGGACCCUUUAUGUACUGUUGAUGAAGUUCGGUGCUGUUCUGAGCAUUAUUUAUGGCUUUUGAGUGGCGUUUUGGUUGAGUGCGUGGCUCUCUGUAUCGCUACCCUGUUGGUAUAACUAGAGAAGCAAGCAGUCGGCAACAUUCAUCUCUCGACGGGCUAUCUAACUCGGUGUUACAGUGUGUUUGACCCUAAAUUAAUUUUACGCUGGACUAUCCCUUUAAAUAUUCACACACCAGGCAGAGCUUUCAUCGAUGUGCGCGUUUCUCUGUCUCUAGGUGGGGGAGAUCACAAAGAUCAUGAGGGCUUACAUCAACAUGAUGGUGAAGAAGCGCUGCAGCAUCAUGUCAGUAUCCAGCGUUGCCAGCUCCUGGGUCAGGUGAUCGCCACCAACCAAUCAGAGCUCUCAGUUUAUCCAGUAGUAACAGAUGCCUCAGCCCUUCUGCACCGGUUGGUUGGUUGGUUGGUUUCGAUGGAAGCAGUCGUACCAACCAGCUAAUCCUCAAGACAAAUGAAUUUAAAGGUGAAGGAUGAGUGUAUGUGAUGGAGCGGAGAUAGAGGUGAAAACAGAAGCCAACUGCACACACUUCAGGCCAGGGUUUCACUAGGAAUAAAGGAUCCAUUGAAAAACAAGCAUGAGAAAGAAACCUGUAUCCUGGGACGGUUCCUUUCAAAUACAGUCAUAACCAGCCCUCCAGUUCUAGUCCUGCAUGUAGAUGUUCAAGCACACUCCAAACUUCUCUCUGCUUUCCUAUUCUGGACAAAAAACAAGCACAAAAACCGCCGCCCAAUCCCAACCUGUCCUUUCUUUCAAACCUGACGCACUGCCAGAAAGAAGAAAGCCACACUCUCUCAGUUAAAUCUGUUUCUUUCUCACUCGUACAAUCUCAGACUCUCUCUCUUUCUCUUCACACGUCUUCGCUCCUGUUUGCAUCUUUGUUUGGUAUUAAGUUAAAAUGCUGAAUUCUUGUUCUUUGCUUGCUUUUCUCUCUCUCUCUGUCGUUGUUUAUCUGUAACAUCAGCUGUAUGUGACUGAGGAAAAAAAAAGGACUUGUGGGAUGAUGAUUCUUCUUCAGAGCUUACUGACUGGAAAAAAAAAGCUCAGUUGCUCGCUUGUCAGUGCCACCGUGUGGCCACGAGAAGAAAACACAGCCAAAGGAAACGGCUUUAAAUAAUUCUGAACAAUAUAUCACUUUGAAAUUUUUAAGUAGAGGCUGGGCUUUGGAGGCUCACAAAGGAGGAAAUUAUCAACCUGAAUAGUAUGAGAUGAAAACAUUUCCCUAUCUAUGUCUACAUGUAACACAAACGACAUAUAUCUACUGUAUAUUCACAUACAUGUACACUUUAACAUGUAUUGUUUUGUACUGUAUAUCACACAUUAUAAGAGUUAUUAUUGAAUAAUGGUGGCCACUGCACUGUACAGAAUAUGGAUGCCAAUGUGACACCUCUUGUGUAAAAUACAUGGAAGUGGAUGGUGUUAAUAAUGUCUGAAUAUGAUGCCAAUACUGUACAUCAUUCACUGGCUGUGCCAUCGGCGUGACUCACAGACGAAUGAGGAUGAAUAGUUGAAAGACACACACCAGAACGAGAUUGGGUUUCACAGCGUUUUGAGGGAUUUAUCAUUGUUAAUCUGCAGGAUUAAUCGGAGCCAUAGAAUACUUUUUUUUUCCACACUAUUCUUACUUUUUUAUUUAUGACGACUUGAAUAAUGACUCACAAGAGCUCCAGUAUGUCUGUGUUUCAACUUUGAAUUUUUAUUACUGAUACUACUAUGAUAACUGUACGCCCCCUGCUAUCUUAACCACCCUGAAGUGCUGUGUCAGGAAUGCUGCUGUGUGUGUGUACGGGUGUUUUGAUGGUGUAACCUGCUGUUGGAAAAAGAAAAAAGGGAAACGAGAAAAGAGAAGUGAUUUUAUUGAGUGUAUCUCUGGAAAUAAGAUGUAUUUACAUGGCUAACCUUUGCAAAGAAUGGUGUUGUGAUCGUGUGUUUAUGGGAAACGCAUGGGAUUUUAAGGGAGGGUCGAGGGUAAUUUAUUUCUCAUUGUACUGUAUGUAUUGCAAAGCGGGUUUGGGUUAGAAAUGUACUGGUCGGUCUCGGUGUAUGGGAGCAGAUUAGACACUGUGAGGAUAUGGGCUCGGAGAUGGUUUUUAAAUGUGCACUGGGAAUGCUGACGGUCAUCACUGCUUUGUUUGCGCGUUUGUAUGUUUUUGAACUGAAAGUAAAAUCACUGUUACGCCAGUAUCACCUGAGUCUGUGGCACUGCGGGUAGAUGGCAGAAUCCCUCAUGUGUAAAACCUCAAAAGGACAAAAGACAAAAAUGUUUCUAAAACCAGAGCACAGACCGAUUAAUCCUGAUGGUGUUACUUUUUUAAAGGUUUUAUUUUUAGGCUUUUGAGGAAUAAUCUUGGACAAAAGGCUGCAGAGUGGAAACGGGGCCCUUUACUGUGUAUCAAAAGCCAGGAGCCUUUAUAUGAACAUGGUGCAUGUGAUUUAUAAUCACUAAAACCUUAAAACCUUAAAAUUAAAGUUUACAUAUUCAACAUAAUCUACAGAUACAUAUAAGUGACUUUAGGCUCUUGAUUGGUAAGAUAUAAUGUAUAGUGAACAGGUGGUUAAGCGAAUUAGGAUCCAGGGAGGAAGAGGAGUGAUGAGACAAUAUCUUAAACCCUCAAUCAGAGCCUGCAGGUGGAUGCUGGGGUUGGAAAUGUGAGUGCAUAUAAAUGAGAGAAUGAUGAAAUCAGUUGCCCGAGCUAACUCUAAUGCUUUGUUCCAUUUAUAAAAAAGUUUUACAUUUUUUACUGUCAUGAGUCAGAGUUAAACAAAAGGGAAAGGACCCACAUGCAGACAAAAAUAGGAUUUAUUUAAAAAGAACUAAAAGAAAGGCAACAAAAACACAUCGACAUACAAUGAACCAACAAGAACAGAGGGGAAGACAGGGACUGUAUACAUACUGGUAAACGAGCAACAGGUGAGGCUAACGAGGCACAGGUGAAACUCAUGGGUGAUUAACGAAGGAGGGAAAAACUAGGGAAGUAAAACCAGACUAGAAACACAAGGAGUCAACUACUACAAGAUAAAAUAGGAAACACCAACAGCUGAUAUAAAGGAUAAAACACAGAGAACAGGAGGGAAACAGGGUCAGACACAAACAGAAAACAUUCAAGACAGGAUCACACGGGAGCAGGAGCAUUAGGGAACAGAAACACAGAAAAUACACUCAAAUGAAACCAGGAGAAAACUAAAUACACAGAACAUAUCAUGACAGUUAGAGUCUUUACACUUUUUUGUGUGGUGGUCGUAUCAUAGAUUGAAAAAAUACUGAGAUGUAAUUCAUGUACAAUAAACUCCUACAUUACUAGUUGUAAUAUAGAGUCAAACUCUCGCUAAUAUUCUUAAUGGUUUUUUAAUGGUUCAUAUUCAAUUAAUUACUUCUAGACCAAUGAGAGUUUUAAUCUUUGCCCCCAAAUGGUUAAAUGGUUAUGGUCUGCUGCCUUCCUAACAAGAUAUUCAAUUGAGGUUAAACAACUUGAGGUGAAUUGUCUGUUGUCUAGCUGGACUGCCACAGUAAAGGGCCGCAGUACUAUUUGAAGAUACGGAGGUUGUGUGUCCGAGUGUGUCUACCAAGUUAAGUGUUUUAAUUUGGACUCCUUGUACUUUUCAUUCAAGUUAAAAAGGGCAAAGCAUGUAUAUUUUGGACGAGUUAGGUAUAGAUUUAGUCUAAAUAUAUGUAUUCUCCAUUAUAGGAGGUAAACUUUCUUUUCCAGCUUUCAUAAAAUGAUCAGAAAGUUUAAGAGCAAAAUGCAGAGGACACAAUCCCAGUGUCUUCAAUGGUAGCUGCGACUCAGUCUGCAUACACACAGCCCUCUGGGAUCCUGCCCAUAGAGGUAGAAUAAGCAGAACUAACUCCCAGGUUCCAGUCUGAACUUUGUGUUGUUUUAUUUUGGCCACAGUGAGCAGAGAGUAAAGAGAGUAACCCAUAAGCCAUAACGACCGAGGAACCUGGAGCGGUCUGUUCUAGUUAUUCUACAUCUACGGUUCUGUCUGUCACUGAUAUUACACUGAGUAGGAAGAAGUUGCCCCCGCAGAAGCUGAAAUGUGAUCAGCAUGUUUGCAAAAGAGAGUAGUGACUUUAACUUAGGUUUUGCAGUAGCUGAUCACAAUAUGGUCUCUGAGGGCAGCUUCAAUACAAGGGGUCCUGUAAUCAGCCGCAGGCGGCCAGAGUGGGGCCCGUUCUUAUCCUCUGUUAUUAUCCUUAUUAUCAUCAUUACACAGUAAACUUAGUGCUUGUUUAAAAAAAAAGAGAAAGAGAGAGAUAUGUGUGUUGUUCUUUUUUUUUAUUUGUAACUGGCUUUACAAAAUUAUGCUUUAAUAAAUUAUUGGAAUUAUCGUCCUCUA